AUGUCAGAGAAAAUAGAGGAAACCGAAGAUCAGUCAGAAGAAUGCCUCAAGGAACUACGAGUUAAGGCAAUAUCGACCACUACAGCUACCAACCUUGUUAAAGAAACCACGUCUGUCAAGAACACUAACCUGUCAAGGAUUAUUGACAUUACCCGGUUUAGUUGUCUUGCAAAAUUGCUCAGAGUCAGGGCAUUUUUUAACUAUAUAACUGGGGGGGCUUUGGCCCCCCCAGCCCCCAUGGUGGCCCCCCCACUCAACUAUUUUGGCCCCCCCAGUCAAAGUCCCUUUUCUCUAAAAUAUAAGCAAAACAUGGAAUUUAGAAGGGAGGUUUGAUAUUCUAGUGACUGAAAUUUGCUUUGUGAAUCUUAUGUCCUGUCUUUUAUGUUUAAUAAAUACCUUAUUAGAUUUUAAACAUUUCCCAGGCAGUGGAUUGCAUUACCCAGACCCUAUAGAUUUGAGUUGUUGGACAAGUUAGUGACCGCAGGGGGCAACAGGCCCUCAACCAUGUGUUUUAUAAGGGGGGGAUAAUUUUGGCCCCCACCAAAAAAAAACAAUUUGAUUUCGAUACUAGAAGUAUUUGAAAUCAUAUAUACAUAUAAUCAAAUAUCUGUAAUCGAUAUUUCUAUAACAUUUCUCGUAAUAAUCCAUCCUGACUCGCGGAUAUCAUAGACUCACAAAUCAUAAUGAACGAAUUAAUGAAAAGGCCAAACAAAAGACGUAUAGAAGACUUUGAAAAUGCCAUUUCCGAUGAUUUAGAGACGCAAAAUUUUCAAAAUUUUUCCGCUCUGUGCCAACCAUGGUCGCGCUUCGUGGGAGUCGGGAACUCUAAGUUUAUCAAGCUGGCUCCCUAAGUGACGGCCAAGUUGUGGUAUCUACAUAAACAUACUAUGCAAGUACAUAACUGAAAGUUCAGUCUAUCUACAGCAUAAUGUAAUUCUGUAUAUCCAAAAAUCUGUUUCAGAAAAUGCAGGGAAUUGCAGUCAUAGGGGUAGAAAAAUACAAAAAUUUUCUGGGGGAGAAAACCCCAGACCCUCUCCAGGGCCGUAGCAAUCGCGCCCGGGGUGGGGGCUGCAGCCCCCAAUAAUUUACUAAUAAUCAUUCAUUUUUUAAAAUCAUGCAGACCUUUAUUAUUUAAUCCAUGACAAACUGCAAAGAAUGAGGAUAUUAGCCAUACUUUCCUGCAACUUAUCCAAUAUAUUGUUAAUUAAAUACACCUUCGUCCAUUUAGUACUACUGAAUUCUAAAUUUCCACAUACUAAAAACGCUGUUUUCUGACAAUCAGAAAUCUUUCAAAUCUUCCCCAAAGUCCAGGAAAUGGCAUUUCAGAGACUCUAAAUUUAAAAAUUUCCUCGGGCCUUCGGCCCUCGCUUUCAGCCCCCCCCCCAAACGAAAAGAGCUUCCUACGGCCUGUUCUCCCCCCCCCUACUAUUAAAUGCGAUACCACACCAAACUUUUUGUUACCAACAAACCAUCUAUCAUUGCUCCACACUCGGUAUGGUAUGGUCCCUUUUUGUAGAUGGCCCCCCCACUGACGAAUUCUUAAAAAAUGCCCAGUUAUUUAUACGCCAUUCCUGGAUAGCCCUGAAGGAAUCCCGAAGGAAACGUGUUGCGUUUGGUCAAACCGUUUGGUCAAACUAUAUAAGUAAACUCGAAGGCUAACUCAGGGUGGGGAAUUGAAGCCAGUGUAUUUUAGUUUUUCUGAGUUAUGAGCAGAAAUACUUAACACUGAACGUUGUGCUGUAUAUGAAACUGAAGCUAUUAAAAAAACGCUUUUUGGUGUUGAAAUUUCAAGACUUUAGCUAAAAGGAAUAUAUUUAAAAACUACAAAAAUAAUUGCCGAUAAUUUUCCAUUUUUUGGCCGAAUGGCAGUUUUUUUUGUAUUUUAAAAAUAUUUUUCUUUUCGCUUGAAGUCUUGAAAUUUCCACACCGAAUAGCAAUUUUCAAUAGCUUCAGUUCGAUAUAUAGCCCAACGUUUGGGAUCAAGUAUUUCUGCUCAUAACUCAGAAAAACUAUUUUGGCUUCAGCAAAUCAUAGGCCCUCAUCAUAGCAGUUAGCGUUCCAGUUUACUUAUAGUUCAAUGGGUCAAACUGGAAACAAUCUUCUCGCAUGUAACUGAGGCGAGAUUAUAAUCCAACAACUGCAUAUUGCAGGAAUUUAACACCUGAAUUCAUACUGGUGAAAUACACGAACGACUUUGCAACCCAACUACAAAAUGCCGUCCAAACACCCAGCAAAAUUGGUUUGCCUUUUCCAUAUAGUAUCAGUGUACCACCGAUCUUACAUAUAUCAUAAAUAUCAAGUGAUUAACAGGAUUCCCUAAUGUUUCCACAUCCACUGCUAAGUUUAAUGACAUAUCUUAUAUUCUAGCUUGCAGUGAUGCUGUUGAUAUCGGUUUUGCCAUUCCAUCUAAUUCAUUCGCCGAUUUUGAAGACCUCAGAGAUUUCGUCAAAAGAACAUUAGAUUACGUUGUGCCUGGAACAGAGAAUGUCCAUAUUGGCUUAAUGAUUUAUCAUAAAGAUGCUGAAGUUUAUGUUAAGUUUGACCAACAAUUUGAUUUGACUGAACUUAAGAAGCUGAUCAAUAGUAUAGCUUAUGUUAACACUGGACGGGACAAGAAUAGAUUGGAUGUUGUACUUCAAGCUGCCGCGAAUGAUUUAUUUACUCUUCGUGGUGGGGUUCGUCAAGGUAAUAAUAGUUGAAGUAAUCUUUAUUUAAAGAAGGAAAUUUAACUUAGCAAUAAAAUGCUACUCUUCUUCAUGACUCUCGUGAUAAUACUAGAAAAAUGCAUCAGCCUCUAUUCGCAGAACUUCGUGUACUAGUUAACAAAUAGAUAAGAUUUUGUCCUUGUCUGUUCAGUUAUACUGGAGAUACACAGUAUGACGUCAUAAUGUGGGAAGAACAAGAAAUUACGUGUUCAUGUAUCGUAAUUUUUAAAAUUUUUCUGUCAUAUUUUCAUAAAUUUAUCAAAAUUUUUGUUAUAACUAUUACUUUUAAAUCCGAGCCACUCCAGUAUUUUCGCUGAUCAUGAAAACGAUUUGCCGAUAAAACCGUUAUUUUGCCGAAACGAUGUUUUCAGGGGAGGGUGUAACUACGGCCCUGAUUGUGAUUGAUCCUUAGUAGCAAUUGAUUGUAUUUAGGUGCAUCAAAGAAAUUGAUUGUGGUUGGUGUGGCAUCUGACUUUACGAAUAAACCUGCGAUCUAUGCUUCCGUUGAGCAAUUACGAUCAUUAGGAGUGGAUGUUAUCGGAGUGGCAUAUGGGUCAAAUGUAGACACAUCGACCAUAAGAAGAAUUUCCAGCUUUCCUCUUAACGAGAAUUUUAAAGUUGCACCAACUAUUACUGACUUGUUAAGCCGUCUUCCACGAUCCAUCGUUGCAUCUAGUUGUAAAAGUAAGUUUAAGGGUGUUUGUUUAUAAAAACCGUUCAACAUUCUGUUCCAUCGAACACGGUGCCCAGGAUCUUGAAAAGUCAACCGCUUAUUUAAGCCUGUAAUCUUAUUUUUAUCACAGACAACUAGCUUGACUAAGCUUUCAACUGAGAUCAUUUGUGUCUAAAAUAAAUAAUGUCCAAACUUGUUUUCCGCCACUGAUUGGAGGCGAAUGCAACCCAUUGGCAAGCUAGCAAUGGCAACUACCAGUAGUUGAGCAUGCUAUGCUAAUAAACCUGCAUCUAAAUACGUUAAAGACAAUUCACUUCUAAACGUUUGAAUAAUGCAAAUGAUUAAGAGGAUAUUUUUUUGUAUGUCACGAAACACGCGCUCAAAACUAAUGCGUAUAAUAUACCACUUGAGGUUAUGACUAAAUUCAAAAUUUUUAUUUUUCGAUACGUUUCUCAAUCGGCAAACAAACUUAAAAAGUAUGUUUAGUGCUUUAUCUGUAAAAUAAUGCUAAAAUGAAGAGAUUUUGGAUGAUACGCCAAAGAGAAAAUGACGUCUGAAGUUCAGUAAGUUUUGCUUAUAUGGCUGUAAAUAUGGCGUCAAUUUUAAAGCAUCAUUGAUAAUUGUUUUUAAUUUACAAUUUUUAACUAUUAUUUUAUGUUUCUCAACCGGCAGAUGCAUUUAAAAGGUUUUGAACACAUUUCAUCGCAAAUACGUGAUAUUGAAAAAAAUUGCCUCUUAAACAUUUGCAUAGCAUUGCCUGUUGCUAUGGCUAGCUUCUUCACUGAUGCAAACCAAACACUCGUCAACGUCCUCGUUGAUUUAAAGUAGAAAAAGGCGUCACCAUCAACAAACGUAAAUAUACUCUUACGGACGAUAGCAGCUUUCAUCUCUGUUUUGAUGGUGAAAGCAUUUGAUCGUAUAACUAUUGUUGGUCUUAAUCACUCACUGACUUUGUUUUGACAUACAUCGCCUGCUGUUUUUGAAUUCCAUUUUUGUUUUGUAGGCAAAAAUGGCAAGUGUCCUUACACCAAAGUUCCAGAAAAUUGUCCUGCCAAUAGUUUUGAAGAAUGUCAAGUUGAUAAAGAUUGUUCUGAUGAUAGAAAAUGUUGUCAAAAUGGCUGUGAUCGGAGAUGUACGGCACCCAAGCAAGGUAAACUAUUAUGACGUUCCAUUUUGAACCCAUAAUAAAGCUUGUUUAAUUUCUAUUUCAAUCUUGAUGUGACGUAUGGUAGCAUCUUUAGUUCCGUUAUGAUGCUCACAUAACGAGGAAAUGGAAACUAUAAGGCUGGAUAGCGCUAUUCGCCGGAUAGUGAAUUUUUUUAACUUUCUUAAAUUGUCCGUUGUUUGGGAUAACCAGAUUAAACUUUAGUAUUUAUAAAUUAAUAAAAGUUUCUGUUCAUUAACUAUGAGGACCAUAUCCUUACUUUAAUAGCUUUUCAAGCAUUUUUUACAAAUGAAUUCAAAUUGCAUUUUAAGCCUUCCAUGCAUCUUUUUGCGCAGGCCAUUUUAAAAGUAAUAUUUAUAAACAACCCUCCUGCACUCGAAAAUUUUCUUUUCAAAAUAAUUUUAGUGAUAAAGAUGAUAGCAGAACCCAAACUACCCAUGUUUGCAUAAACUAUUCACAAAUUUUGCGGAAUUUGCAAUUUAUCAGCGAACUUUUAUGCACGACCACAUCAGCUUUGCUGUAAUUUCUAUCGUGUGAAAAUAAAUACUAUGUGCAGCUUUUUAUACUCCCUGUAGUUUGCCUAAUUCUACGAUAUAUAUUUAUUACAACUAUAUGUUUAUUUCUAGGUUGUUUCAGAGCAUUAGAGAUCGCAUUCCUUGUAGAUACAUCGUAUUCAGUGAGUGACGAGGAAUUACAUCGAAUGAAAGAUUUUAUGAAAGAAGUUGCAAAUGGAUUUAGUAUUUCUGAAACUGGCGCAAGAAUUUCCAUUGUAACCUUUGAUAAAUUUGCAAAAAUCCUGCUGAAAUUUAAAGAUAAUUUUGAUGCAAAGAAAAUUUUCACGCAAAUUAAUAGCUUGGAUAAAACACGGAACGGAGAAAGGCGACUUGAUCUUGGCUUGGAAAAAGUUCGAUCUGAUAUAUUUUCACUCACGGCAGGAAAACGCCAGGUUGGUUUUUGUGCAUGUUUUAAUCACUUUUAUAAGCGAUAAUACAAUGAAAGCUCACUUCCAUUGUGAUCAUUGAUUGUGAGCAUCCUGGCUACAUGACAUUUCAUCCACGGCUGUGCGCUCGAAUAUCAUUGUCUUGUACCACAUGAGCUUGAUAGUAAGCAAGGUUAUCUAACGUACUAAGCUGCGAACAUGCAUGUCUGCAGGUUGAAGUCAAUCCUAUACUAACUUGGAAGCCAUGCGCUUGCCCAACAUAAUCCAGAAGGAGAAAAUCACGGGACGACCUACAGUACCGUAAUAAUAACACGAAUGAUUCGGUAACUACAUAUGGCUGUUCUACGUGGUGGUGUAUACUGUACCACAUAAUCUUCAUACACGAUUGCGUAAGCGAGAGUAUAAAUCCGAGAUGCGUCAGUGACAGAUAAUUUGCGUCAGUGCCGCAAUGAAGUGAAAUAUAUCGAGAAACACCGCUUCUCCUGUUUUACAAUUAUGACGUCAUAGGGGCCUCUGGGAAAGUUUUGCCCCGGGCCCCGUGCAACAUUUCGGCUGCUCUGCAGGAUGAGUUGAGUUUAAAGGAGAGAAAAGUAGCCGAGAAUAAGAGAAUUAUGUAGUUGUCAGUUGCAAUUUUCUUUAUCUACACUGCGGCUGCGCGACACUGAAUCUCAAGUUUGAAGUGGUAGAAUCUAUUUUACAUUUUUGUUUCAUUCUAGGGCGUUCCUGGGGUUCUGAUUAUUCUAAGUGCUGGCCCACCAUCCAGCAGUUUGAAUAAGUUAAAAGAAAUUUCAACAUCGUUAAAGAGAUCAGUGGAUAUCUGGACUAUGGGAAGUGGACCUGUAUCAUCCUCUCAAUAUCUGAAGGAUAUUGCUUCUAGUUCAGAACAAUCUAGUAAAUCAAUAUUUUUUGAAAAUUUAUCACCACUUAUAACUACCAUCACUCAGAAACUUUGUUCAGGUGAGGUUGGCUAACUAAUAUGCUACGUGGUUUAGGGACAGUAUGUUGCAAUUACUCGCGUAAAUAGCUCACAGCUUGUCAACAAAAUGUGUUCGCAUGCAUUGCUUGUUCCGUAUAAUGCUUUAUGUAUUUAUUUAUUUUGUUAUAUGAACCGUUACAACUUGUCAAUCCUGUCCUGAAUAAUGUCCCUGUCCUUGAUCUGUUAUCAAAACCACACCCCUUUACUUAUGUUUUUAACUAUUUGAAUAAUGAGGUUAAUAUCAACACUACAUUACAUUCCCAGUUGUUGACAAAUCUGGAAUAAGUUGUUAUCAUCUUGUGACAAGGUUGAUGAGGCCAACAGACUCGCAAGAAGUUGUUCCAACCAGUCUGAUAUCGUCUGCAUGUAACACGUUGUUAAUAACAAGUUGAUGACAAGCUCGUAGCAACUUGUUACAAAGAUACUGUAUUAGUCUUGUUGGAACAACUUGUAGCAAGUCUGUUACUGUCAUCAACCUUGUAUAACAAGGUGAUUACAACUUGUUCCAGACUUGUCGCAACAACUGGAAACGAGCUGUGGGAACACAUCCUGAUAUCAGCUUUGACAACAACCUUGUGUUACAACUUGUUUUGUCCAGAUCUGUAGCAACAACCUUGUGUUACAACUUGUUCCAGACUUGUCGCAACAACUGGAAACGAGAAGUGUGAACACAUUCUGAUAUCAGCUUUGACAACAACCUUGUGUUACAACUUGUUCCAGACUUGUCGCAACAACUGGAAACGAGAAGUGUGAACACAUUCUGAUAUCAGCUUUGACAACAACCUUGUGUUACAACUUGUUCCAGACUUGUCGCAACAACUGGAAACGAGAAGUGUGAACACAUUCUGAUAUCAGCUUUGACAACAACCUUGUGUUACAACUUGUUCCAGACUUGUCGCAACAACUGGAAACGAGAAGUCAAGUCCGGACAAAGGGCCUGCGCUCAACACGUCGAAAUUUAUUCUUAUUCUUUAGGCAGUUGCAUCCCACAAACAAUCCCGCAAAUUGUAUUCUUCGCUAUGACACCGGCUGCCCAAUAACAUCCGGGAUAAAACGAAUAGACAAAUUAACAGAUAUCAAGAUUUUUGUGGCAUCUCACUUCAAUGAAUAACUGAUAUUGGAUGGAUAUUGUAGAUGGAAAUUGUCGAAAAGUCGGUAGGACCGCAGGUUCGAUUCCUGCUAGAGACCUGUACUUGCAUUUUUCACAGUUCACUGGAAAAAAUUUUGAAAAUCCAUAGAAGGACAUAGAAUGGAAAUUGUAUGGACCUUUAUUGGAAAUAGAAUGGAUUUUGGUUAUCCAUAAUAAUUGUAUAUUUCCAUAGUAUGAAUAUAGUAUCGAAAUAGUAUGGAUAUACUAUGGAUUUAGUGGUGCAAUUCAGCAAUUGCAAAUUUCGUUGUAUGGAUUUCACUUUUUUUCCAGUGGUUGUCCUGGUUAGGUCUAAUAAAUGUAUAUAAAUUUCCACUCGACAAUUUCCAUCUACAAUUUCCAUCUACAAUACCCAUCCAAUUAACAUGCAGAUAGCCUAUUUCAACAAUCGUCUUUCAGGAAUCGGAACUUGGUCGCAAGGCACAUUUACUAUGCUACCAAUGUAUCCUAACUUGAAAUAAGUUGAAUAUUUAAUCACGAUAAAUAGAAAUUAAAGUUGAAUAAUUUAUAAUAUUUAAUUUUUCCAAACUGUAUAUAGAUAAAUCAGGCCAAUGUCCGCGACCGUUGAAAACGAAUUGUUUGACUCAGAAAAAUACUUGUAAACGUGAUUAUGAAUGUCCUGGAUUUUCCAAAUGUUGUUAUAAUGGAUGUCGCAAGACGUGCUUGAAUCCUUCAUGGGGUGCGUAUGUAUUAAAGGUCAUGUUACCCGACAGAAUUUUUAUUGAAAGCAAUAUUGUUUCGUGUAGUCUCUCCUAGUUUGGAACUGGCGUCGCAAUGAAAUAUAGCGUUGUGAGUUGCAAACAAAAUUGAAACGACUUGUACCCUUGCCACAAGUUGCUGGUUCAAUUUGCGUCGUCAAUUUUCUGAAGAUUAAUUUCUGUUAACUAUAGUUAAUACAAAUCUAAAAAUGAUAAAUAAAGUGCAUUGUACAUCAUGCUAAAAAGGACGUGAAAGUUCACAAGUAUAUGUCAAUGACCUCUUCAUAUUGAUCAAAUCAUGCACGUAUAGGAAAUCGCUAGGGAAUGGUCAUUAUUGAUGGUGAGGGGUGGCACCGAAGAGAAAUGUUUUUCUUGUUAGAAUUUUUGAUGACUCCACCAUUGAAAAGUAAAAAAAAAUUAACCAACCUCAAAUAUCAAUUAAAAGAUAAAUAACCACCCCUGUCCAAAAACGAUACAAAAAGAUACCAUUCAAUUGUCACACAUGUCCUUUACCACUUCUGUGGCAUGAGUUUGAUAACUGCUUGUGCAAUUUCCUGCAGUCUAAAGUUUCAUGUUGUCAGCACAUGUACUUUCUUUGGAGACACCAUCGAAAAAUAAUCAAGAUUAAUUUACAUAUUGUAUAUGACUGUUGACAUUGCUUUUUAGUCUUCAAUAUUUGAGUGAGCUAUGCUUUGGAAAUGACAAUAAUUUUCAUUACCCAACUCUUGAGUUGUUUUGUUUUUUAUUUACCCAAUAUUUCACUCACUCAAAAUAUGCUAUGCCCCCGCCAUAAACAAUGACCCGUCCCUUAUUAGAGGUGCUCAGCCUCGUACUGAAAAAUACAUUCCGAUGCUUCGAGCGAAGGUUUUAGAUGAGGUUACUUCAGCUUUCAGUUUACUCGUAGAAACGUUGGAGUUUUCUGCUUGUCUUUUCAAGCUCACGAUGGAAUCUCAGCAACUGCGGUUUCCUAUGUAUGCGGAUUGGCCAACGCUCAAUCCCAAAGUUUAAAGAUUUUUUAUUCUGUAUUGCAAUGCUGUUAUAUCUAUUGCAGUGUGUGAAAAGCCACUGGAUCUUGCGAUCGUGAUGGAAUCGUCAAGAAACCUUGGAGAAACAGAUUUCCGUAAAGUGAAAAUGUUUACUAAAGAUCUUGUGAAGGCGUUAAAUGUUGGCGAUUCUCAAACUGAAAUUGCUCUUCUUUCCUACAGUGAUAUUGUCAAAACUCAUUUUGAAUUUAAAAAGUAUAAAGGUAAAUAAUAUUAUAACUCUCUUCUAAAUACUCCUCAGUAAAAUUAUAUUUUACUAGAAGAAAGCUUAGUAAACUGUUUACUCUCCAGGAUUCUAGAGAGCUCUGUAGUUGUAGGCACCCAGAGUAACUGUUUACCUAAAAGGAUACUAAUCCAUGCCACAAUAUAUACAAGAAACAAAUGAAAUUUUUUAUUAGGAAACUUUAGCUAAACAAAAAGUCUCACUUGCCACAUUGGAAACAGCAGAUGUUUCUGAACUUUUUGGGAAACUUUUGUUUGACAACAAUAUUUCCUAGAAACUCGAAAUUCCCAUCUACAUUCUACAAAAACCCUUCAACAUUUUAUUUUUCUCUUACUUUUUUACUAGAUAUUUUAAACAAAGAAGGAAACAUCCUCCGAGCUAUAGAUAGAGUUUCUUACAAUGGCAACACAAAUAGUGCAGCUUACCUUGCAUUACAACGAGCAUAUAGACAACUAUUUACCACAGCUGGUGGAUCAAGAGCAAACGCUGUCAAAGUAAGUGGUUGAAAGGGUGCUGGCAACAAAAUUUUAUUUUGCGUUGAAAGACUCCGUAGACUCCUUAAACUGUAGAAUAAGUCAUUGUACCAAUGUUUUAUAAUUUCUUUGGUAAGAAGAUAUUUUAGAUUAUUUGAUAGAUAAAUAAAAUCACAAACGGGAUAUUUUUGACAGUCCACAAGACUCUUAAAAUACUCAUAAUUUUGUAUGUAAGAUCAUGAUGGAUCAUAAAAAUACUUUUAACUAUAGCCAUGAUAAGAUUAAUCACUGGAUCCAUCGAUAUAGAUUUGAAUGAUUUAAUCGUAUUAUUUUUUAACAGUGGCUUGACGAAUUGGGGCUUGACGAAUUAUUUAAACUACUCUGAACAGUGACUUGACGAACUCGAACAGACUUUACCUCGUAGCUCGGUUGGUAGAGCAUUGGGCUAGUAUCACAAAGGUCGCGGGUUCGAUUCCCAACUUGGUCAGGCAAACUUUUCAGCUUGCCCGGUGUGGAUGCACACUCAGAGUAACACCACAAAUAUCAUAUUCACCUGAGUACAUGACACCAACAAACACAAAAAGUGACAUAAAUUUAUUUCAUUAGCAUAUCAAACAAACUAAAAUAUCUCAAGAAUGACAGAGGUAAAGAAAAGUUGUAAAAUAACUUUUUUCGCAGUUUAAUGAGUUCUUUCUAUCAAAACAGACUUGAAUUUCAUUGCCAUCACCAUUUAAGGCCAUGUUACACGAGGCAAUCUUGACUUCAACUUGCUGAAUGCAAUUUAUUUCUGAAAAAUAAUCUUGCAUGAUGCAGUGAGAUGUCAGACGAGUAAUCAAUCUAUUUUGCAACCUGCAAUGCGAUCAUUAUGUUAUACUCGUUGUGAAUUAUGAAAGAAUGUCUCCUGAUUCCAGGCUGGUCGUGAUUAUAGCUGAAUUUCCAAAUCAGAGUGAGACAAGUUUCAUUGGUGUCGUGAAACGUUGAAACUUGUCAUCCAUCAUUGCGAAAAAUAGAUUCUGCGAUCUACAAAGUAAUUUUUCAAAGCCACACUGAAUCAAGGGGUGUGACACGAGGCAAUAAUGUACAAAAAUAAUUGUCUCGUCCAACAUGGCCAUUAGCAAUUUGAUAAUCCGUUGCAACCCCAGUAAAACAAACCUCAAGAUUGAGUGAUUGAGACCGUGUUUUAAAGCAUUUCUUCUUCAUUUGUAAUCACUGUAUUAUAAUGACCAUGGCAUAGGAUCCUUUAAUUCUGGCUUUUACACAAUAUACGUUUCUUUUCCAUGUCUAGGGUUUAAUCUUAAUUACAGAUGGUGUUUUACCUGGAGACAACACAAAGAUUUUCAGAGAAGCGAUGUCUCUCAAGAGAGCUAGUGUUGCUGUUUACCCAAUUGCUGCUUCCAAGAACCCAAAUGUUGCAGCCUUAGAGCAAAUUGCCUCCGAAUCCAGCGCUGAACACGUUUUUCUUGCGACCUCUCUCCCUGCUAUCAUUCAAUAUGUUCAUCAGAUAUCACAAGAAGCUUGUAAAGGUUUGUGGACAUAUAAUCUGAGCUUCGGUUGAGGUUCAUUUUAGGAUAGAUUGCAGUUUAGAUGCAUUUAACCGCUAAAACGUCAAGAGUUUUCCCGAGCCGGUUAAACGCUGUAAAUGCUCUUUCCGAGGCCCGGAUCCAUAUCUGAAGCUCAUACGAAUCCCUGUUGACUCGAUAGUUAAAUGGGUAGAGAGGCGGUAUAACAACAACAAUCCUUUAUUACUCAAAGAAAGUAAUACAUUACUUGCACAUACUGAAUUUAUUCUACAUUUCUAACGAGCACUGCCAAAAUAACCAUAGGGCUAGAAAAUCUGGAAGUCAUUUUAUUUCAACAGAUCAAUCUUUUCAAAAACAACUUCACACCGAAAACAAAGACAAACGACAACAAACAAAAUUAAUGAAUAAUAAAGCCUAAAGGAAAUUGCAACAACGAGAAAUUAAUAACCUUGCAAAGGAGUUCUUAUGUUAGAAAAUCAAUAACUGUCAAGAAAUUUUUCUUUAACUUUCAGUUUAAAUUUAUUCAGAGAAAGAGAUUUAAAAUUAUCAGCAAUAGAAUUCCAUAUUUGAGCUCCUUGGAAUCUGAUAUUAAAAAUUCCGUAGUUUUAGCUUUAGGGAGCGAAAAUGACUGCUUUGCAUGGAAGAUAAUCUAUAGUACCAUAGUCAUGUUGACUAGCUACAGUGGAGAAGAAAUUAGUAAAAAUAGGCGGUAGCAGCUGAUUAUAAAAUUUGUACAUGAAUAAGGCAAUUUGAAAGGACACCAAAUUAUCCAAAUCACAUAAUUUAAUGAAAUUCAAAUCUUUAAAAAUCGGACUGGCAUGUUCUUGAAAACUAGAAUUAGUUAUAAUACGCACUGCUUUUUAUUUUGUAAAACAACCAAUGGCUGGAGAGUAGUCUGCUAUGUAAUCCUCCAUACCAAAAUUCCAUAUGUCAGAAAAGGAUAGAUUAGAGCAUAAUACAGAUUUUUGAGAGUAAAUAGACUUACAUAAUAACGAAGUUUUGAAAUGAUACCAAUUUUUUUAAACUUUUUUGACAGUGUAGUUAAUACGACUUUUCCAACUAAGAUUGGAAUCUAUCAUUACUCCUAAGUACUUUAUUAAAGCCCUUCAUAAACCUUAUCUAGCUCAUUGUUUAGAUCAGUUUGGAAAUUCGAAUCAAUAUCUUUAUAGAAUAAAUUUGCAUUAUCUGCAAAAAGAUGAAAAUCUAACAUUUUAAAGCAUGAACUAAAAUCAUUUAUGUAAAUAAGGAAUAAUAAUGGACCAAGAACUGAUCCCUGAGGGACACCACAUGAAAUAAACAAUUCUUCAGAAGGUAUAUUAUCAACGCAAACAAAUUGUUUCCUGUUUGAUAAAUAGGAGAGAAACCACUCGUUAGGUAGUCCUCAGAUGCCAUAAAAUUCGAGUUUUUUCAACAAAAUACUAUGAUCAAUUGUAUCAAAAGCUUUGGAUAAAUCUAUAAAUAUACCACAAGCAAAAUUGCGAUUUUCUAUUGCUUACCUGGAUUUUUUCGAUUAUACUAAUCAGGGCAUGGUUAGUGGAACAUGAAGCACGAAAUCCAAAUUAUUUAGAGUAUAAAAUCUGCUUUUCGUUCAUGUAACUAUACAAUCUUUUAUACAUAAGCUUCUCCAUGAUUUUAUUAAAAACUGAUAGAAGGGUCUAUAAUUAUUUAAUUGUCUUCACAAUCCUUUUUUAAACACGGCAAUUACUUUGACUAUCUUCAGGCUUUUUGGAACAAUGUCAGGUAUAGAUACCUGAAGAUGCGAAUCCCGCUCGAGACAAAGACUUUUUCGUUUAAUCUGCAGUGUCAGAAAAUAUGAAACUAAUCUGUCAUUUUUGUCUUUAUUAAAAUUUUAUUUUUUUACAUUUCCCUUUCAGCUGAAGCACCGCCAAGACUACAGUUGGUAAGUCACGUACAUGAAUUCAAAAACAUUAAGUCUGAUCCACCGCAUUUUCAUUAUCAUUCUGGCGUCUCCGUCAUUCACUGGUACCAAUAUUACAGACAGGGCUCAAAAUAACGUUUCAUGAUACGCUAUUCACGAUGAUCGCAGAGUUUUAUUUGCGACUGCAGGUCAACCGAGUUUCUGACUGCUCAACUCCCACGAGGCGAGAUUGAGACGCUUUGGUGUAACUAAUCUCACAUACACGAAACGUUGUCGCUUGAUUUUCGAAGAAGCAUUCUCGGCGAAAUCGUUUGGCUGGCGGCAAUACGGCGUAAGAUUCAAACACGGAAAGAAAAUCGUAAAUAUAACACAUAGAAACUGACAUAAUAUUGCAUGGGUCCACAACAUCUCAAAAAUCUUCUUCCCAGAGUGACUGACUACUAUGAUAGGCGUAAGAGGACAGGCGUCAUACAAAUUUGACCGGCGAUAUUAAAAAUUGUGCCGGUCGUUAACCGGUGACAUACAUUGCUUUACUAUCAUUGUUACAACACACUUUCUUUACUCAAAUUCUCAAUCUAAAUUUUAGAUGAAAGGUCCUUCUGGCGAUCCAGGUCCUCCUGGACCAAAGGUAGGAAUAAUAAUGAAUCUCAGUGCCUGCUUCGUUCCAUAGCUGCUUAGGAAGUCACGCAAGUGUACUUUGAAUCAUUUUUCAAAUUUUGGGGGAAUUAUUUUUAGGAUUAAAAAUGUUUUACUUAUGCCCAGCACGACCAGCAUGACCUCUAUAGCCUCACCAUUUCAACAACCAACCGCAGUUUGCAUUUAGUCUUUUUAUAUUGUUUAGUUCUUUGAAUGAUCUUGAAAUAAUGCUAUAUCUUUUUAGGGUAAAAAGGGACUACCAGGACUGCCAGGAAAUAGAGGAGUCGGUGGACAAUAUGUAAGUGUAGGUGGUGGUACAAAGUUCUAGCUUCUUCUUUCCCCAGAACGUAAACAAUAUAUGAUCUUAUUGUAUUAUUUACAGUUGGAAUGUCUGUAUGGUAUAUCCCAACAACCUUACUGUACAUUUUUAUUCGUAUACCAAGGUUAACUAAUGAUCAUUCAUCAAAAAGCUUCCACCAACCCUACAAAACACGUCUCUGUUAACCAUGCGCACACCUUCAGUGACUUGUCAGCUAAGCACGUUUAAUAGCUUGGAUUUCGUACACAGUCAAUAGAACAUUUUCGAAUUACACUCUAGUUGUCAAGAACAAUGACGCCAAAUCGAGGCUUAGUACUAAUUGUCUAUAUAAACAUUAUAAUUCAACACGAAACCUCGUUGUCAAGCUAUUUUCUGUGGGUAUUUGAUCGUAAUUCGGAAAUGGCCUAUUCGAUUAUCGGGGACGAAAGUUGCGCAUUUUUAACAUUUAAUUUUAAUUACCACCAGGGAUUGGAGGGUCGGAAUGGCAUACCAGGAAGUCCAGGUCGUGCUGGUCCUGCCGGAAUCGCGGGACCUCAGGGUGCUCCAGGACCAAUAGUGAGUAGAAUUUUGGAUACAUCAAAUUGUGUUAUAUCGGAGAAAUAUCAGGAUUUCGGAUAUCUCACAAUCCCCGAAUCCUAAUAUUAACCCUUAAUGUAUCCUUAUAUAUACUGCCAUGAUUUAAUUAGACAACUGGACUCAGUUUGUUCUAGAGCGCAGCACUAGAAUCGCAGGGUCGUAGGUUCCUGCCAGAGGGACUAUACUUGCAUUUUUUGUUGAGAUAAGUACUUUUAGUGUUUAAAGUUUAAACUAUAUUUAUAUGGUUGAUAUUAUUUAGCAUAAAUUAGCAUAAAGUACCGUAAUACAGUUAAUAUAUACAGUACAUCGGACACGUGACUAUACGUUCGUUGAACGUUAUUUAGAUCCGCCAUUAUCGGUGUAGUUGUUGUUUUCAAGCGGGAAAACUAUAUUUUGUGAACCUUUUAGUUUCUUUUACAACAAUAAAUUACAUAAUCUAACAUUUUUCGCAACUGCUCCUGACUAGGUCUAAUAAAUGUAUAAAAUUCACACUCGAAAAUCUGGAAAGAUUUAGUUUAUCAUGCCCUGUAUCAUUUUAAGUCUUUAUAUGACGCAAUCAGUAUAUGAUAAUCUGUUAAAGUCAAGCAUUCACGGCGGUGGGGACGACAUUCAUAGGGGCGGACACUUUGCGAAAUCUGUAGGCGGGCGAAUUAGAUUGCCAACAUACGACCAGCUGUUGUAGCUCGAAAUGAUAGUCCUUUAAACUUUUUUGCAUGCCUUAAAGUUCAUGAGAUAUUUAACUUAAUUUGUACCUAACAAUGCUUUCAUGGUAUCAUUCAAAGGCUUUCAGAAAUUAUUUGGUGGAGGUUGCCAGUGUCCGCCACUUGACAUUCACAAUUCCUUCAAUUCCUUAACUUCUCUUUACAGAGAGACGUUAGAUAUUGUUUUCUUCAAAAGGCAUAUAAAAGGGUUGUUUUGGAGGAAAUAAGGGAUGUUAUUAAAUCGUUAUGAAUAGUGUACUUCUCUUCAAAGCUUUGUUUUCCAUACAGUUUAUACAAAUGGCGGGUCAAGAUUCAAAUGGUCAGCCAAGACGAGUAAUGGUGACUACUACCCAGGUUUGUAUUUCGAUAUUCUAGUUCAUUAUACAGGGUGUCCCCAAAAAGAAUGUCCCCCUAUCAUAUUUUGUGGUACUCAUCGUUACCUGUAAUCGAAUAUUCAAAUUUUUAAAUUUUUUUUAUCAAUGAACAUAUUACGUUAAUCCUUGCAUUUUUUCGCACCAAAAUAUUUAACCGUUCACCUUCUAGAGUUACUUAAGGUGGCGACACCAAUAUUGCCACUUGUCCAAAUUGUGGAUAUUAGGUUUAACAUAUUACGGAACGUAAUAAAAUAUUUUAAUGGUAAAUGGCUACAUAUCUUUUCUAAAACUUGUAAUUAGUUGUAGCCAAAGUCAAUUAAUUUUCUGUAAAGAUAAUGAAGCAAUCCCCAGAAAAGGGGAAAGACUUAUAUACUAGUGCUGAAAUUCCAACAUUUCCUCUUUCAUGGAACAAAUUGAACGGAAAACAGCAAAUUUAAGGCAUUUUCCCAACCUUAGCUUUGCCUUUGUCAAUUUGCCAGGGAUUUUUCAUAUUUUUUUAUUAAUUUCUACAAGAAACAAAAGUUUAAUAAUAGAGAUAAAAACAUUUUGUUUUUGAGCAGAAAGGUGGGCAGAAACUUUAGAAAUCCUUCUACAAAGUUUGCAUUAUUUUUAACCUAAUUUCUGUAAUUUGGACAGGUUGCAAAAUUGGUGUCGCCACCUUAAGUAUCUCUAGAAGCCGAACGGUUAAGUCUUUUGGUGAGAUAAACAUUACGAUUAAUAUAAUAUGAUUUUUUUUCAAACCACUGCAAAAAUUGAACCUUUGAUUAAAUAUAGCGAAGUAAUACCACCAAAUAUGACAGGGGACAUUUUUUUAGACACCCUGUAUAUCAUUCGGUAAUUUAUCUAAAGGUCUGUUUACACUUGCAAUUUUUGUUGCACGAGUGGAUGAGUUACGAAUGUUCACUUAUUUACUCGUUCACAUACAUCACGAGAGCAAAAUCGCACUAAGAAUCGCAGCAAAAAUUGCAGACAGUGUAAACGGGCCUUAAUCGUUCAUAACUCAAAACUAAUUAUAUAAUAACUACAGUGAAACACGCAAUUUGAUUGGUCAAUAGCCGUGCAGGAUCUCUCGCGGGAUUCUCAAAAUGUCAUUGUUUCACACUGUAGUUAAUUUAUAAAACAAUUACCAAAUGGUUUUCCAAGCAGGAUAGCGUGAUCCAUGCAUUGGGAUGUUGCUCCACGUUCGGAAAAUGUAAAAUUACACUCGCCUGCAGCUCGAGUAUUUUUACGCUUUCCGAAAGUCUCGGGACAUCCCUCGUGCAUGGAUGACGCGAUCCUGCACGGAAGACUAUUCGGUAUUCCUUUAAUAAUGGUUAAUUUUCUUACCAACUAUAGGUAGAUGUUUCACUACUUUCGGUGUUUUAUCAUAUUUAAAACACAAGGCGACAGCCGAGUGUUUUAGAUCUGAUAAGUCACGGACUGUAAGAGUUUCAAAUUCCUUAAAAAUAACCCAUUUGAUGAGCUAAGUGGCAAAGUAAUUUUGAAAAUUAUCGUUUAUCUAAGCCAAGAAAUUUAAGCUAAAGUUUAAGCUUUUUAUCAUGAAUUAUUAAUGAGUUUUUAAAGUACUGUUUAAAACAUGAGCAGCCGAUCUUUAUCUGAUAUACAGGCGAGAGUUUGUGUAUCAGACAAAGAUCGGAUGCGAAUGUUUUAACGUGCUUAAAAAACGACCCAUCUUAUGAGUUCAUUGGCGAAGUAAUUUUAAAACUGAAACAUUGUCUAAGCCGAGAAAAUCAAAGCUGAAGUUGAUGUAAAUCAGGAGAAAUCUUUAUCCGAUUUACAAACAUUGAUUAAACAUUCAUUUCUUUUGUAUUUUCCUCGUGAAUUAUUAAUGAAUUUUUUAAGUACUAUUAUAACAUUUUAAAGUUAUUAUUUAAAGUACGUAUCAUUCUGUUCAGAACGUUGGUCAACCUGGUAUCAAAGGUCGGCAGGGAGUUAGAGUGAGUAUAAUUUUGGUUAUAUAAACGUAGAACUAGAACUUUUUGUCAAUAGUACACAAGAAGAAUACCAGAGUUGCCAAUCAGAACAGACGUCCAGUUACUGUAUUAUUUUGUAAUGCCAAUAUCAUCAUGUCGCAACAAUUUUUAUGAUAAUGAUUAACACUUUACCCGUCUUUCUCACCUAGGGUGCUCCCGGAGCUUCAGGAGGUCCUGGACGUGCUGCGAGCAAAGGAGAAACAGUAAGGUUUCAUUGACAGAUUUUGCUAGACUGUUUGUUGCUGAGUGUGUUAUGUUUUGAAGUCACGAAUAGCUUACUGUAUAAAAAACGUCCACGCUUUGCAAGAGUUGACUGCCACAAACAUUCUGCAACUUAUGAACACAUGAACGUCCGCAACUAUAUGCAACUAUAUAGAUGGGCGUACCGGGCGGGGGGGGCGGUAGCCCCCCAGUUUGUUGGGCAAACAAAGCCAUUCGGGCAAUAUUCGCUUCACAGUCGGGCAAUAUUGGCUUAUAAAAAUAAAUGGGACAAAUUCUGUCAAUUUUGUGGGAAGUUCUGUCAAUUUUGUGGGAAAUAUUGCUAUCUAAUAGGAAUUUUUCGUAAUCACUCCUCCCCCCUCCCCCCGUCGACAACAAUUUUUGAAAGUUUUCCGGAAAAUUUUUUUUGACAACUCGGGCACAAUCCGAAAAAGUCGGGCAAAUUUCUUUCCGCCCCCCUAAUUUUUUCCUUCCCGUACGCCCAUGACUAUAUAUACUUCUAACACUAUAUUUUAAUUUAAGUCUGCGUUAAAGAAGUAUAUGUUUUAAAUUAUACUGUUUUGUAUAUUAUUAACCUCUCUACCAGAUAAGCGCCAAUGAACAGUUAUCCAUGUCAAAAGCUUUUUUUUUAUUGUCAACUUACAGGGAACACCAGGUCGUCCUGGAAAACGAGGUGAACCUGGAAAUCGUGGCUCUAUUGUACGUAUUACUCUGCUUCUUUUAUAUUCUCCCCCAUAUAGUCAGUGGUUUUAUACAACUGCAAAAAUUCCACAUCUUUUAGCAAGUUUGCCAACAAGCCGUCAACAAGUUGUGUUCACACUGCUUUUGAUAUUGUCAGACUUGUCACUUGUUGCAAGGUUGUUCCAACAAGUCUGAUACAGUCAUACAUAACAAUAUUGUUACAACUUGUGUCGUAAACCUUGUAACAUUCUUGUUAUAUCAUGACUGUACCAGACCUUUUAGAACAGCCUUGUAACAUUCUUGUUAUAUCAUGACUGUACCACACGUUUUAGAAAAAUCUUGUAACAUUCUUGCUAUAUCAUGACUGUACUGUACCAGACGUUUUAGAACAAUCUUGUAACAAGUCUUGAUAAUGUCAUCAAGCUUGUUAUACAAGUUGUUAACAGCUUGUUCCAAGCUUGUUAUACAACAACUCGGAACAAGCAGUACGAACACCACUUGUUCAUAUCUUGUGAACAGAUUUGUAACAACUUGUGCGUUUGUGUGUAUAUAUGGUAGCGUGAAUAUCGCAUCAAGAAGAAAAUUGAUGAUUCACACAUUUAAUUAAAGAAACCCUAUCUUGCUCCUUGGAAAGAUGAUGCAUUUCGUACCUUGAUGUUUGGAUUUUGAAACUGAACAAAUCAGAAUGGGAGUGAGCUAGGACAACAAAGUACUUAAACGCGAGUGUGUACUGAGCAAAAUUGAUAUUCAUAACCUCAAUCACCCAGUUGACGUCGCCGUCUACCAUUAAGCCCGUUUUCCACUAGACGAAUUACCCGAAGCGACAUUUUCCUUUGCCGACAUUGCUUUUGCUGACGCGCUGGGGGAGUAGACAAAGGAAAGAGUUGCCUUGCGCAAACAAAUUCGUUGAAAACAGGCUUUAGAGGUAUAGAACACUAAGGAGCAGAACGUCUGGUCAUGCCCUCAUUCAUUAAAAUUUUCUGUAUCGUAAAAGUUCAACAAGAGUUAAUUCUAAAUUCAAAAUAUUUCUAGGGAAAGCUAGGUUCAAAUGGAAAUCCUGGAACACCAGGGGCAUCAGGUGAUAAGGUAAGGUUAAUUUUGUCUUGAUGAUGAACUUAUUUAUUUCUUGAGAACAAAUUUCCAGAAAAAUAAUUAUAGUUAUAUCUUGUAAUCUUUUUCCUAUAUCUGUCAUUACUGCAUUGUAAUUAUUCACUAUUUCUGAAUGUCUGACCGUUUUGACGUUUGGAGAAAUUUUGUUUUUUAGGGUGCGAGAGGUGACGCAGGAAAAUCUGCUGGAUUUGGGAGAAAAGGACAUAAGGUUUGUGAACACUUACAAGUACAUGAAUAUGACAGUUGUGAAUAUGACAGCUUUGGAUAGGGAAUAGUGACUGUCCAAACCUAUGGCCACCAUUUCCUGUGUGAAAGUAUUAGGCUAAACGUAACAUCACUUCAACUACUGGUUCUAAUUUCGUUCAUUAGGGACAAAAAGGAGGAACUGGCAUACCAGGAAUCCAUGGGGAACGUGGACAGUCUGUAAGUACAGUAGUUGUCUUCUAUUAUAUAAAUAUCUUCUGUAAAACCCCGGCAAACACGGAUGAGAGAUUUUCUCAACUCUCAUGUAUCGAUCAAACGAGAAGAAUAGUUGCAUGUGAGUUGAUGAGAGCUGAUUGGAUAGUAAUGCGCGUCAAAAACUCUCAUCAAAAUUUGAACCAGUUCAAAGUUAGUGAGAGUGCACGAAAGUCCAUCACAGUUGGGGAUCAAACGCGAGCGAGAUUUGCAACUCUCAUCCUCGUUUGACCGAUGCUUAAGUUGAGUGGGUUGUAUUCUGCAGAAAUAUUGUUGUCAAUGCUGUUACUUAUUUACAUUUAUACUAUUUUUUUAAAGGGAGCAACUGGAUCACCAGGGAAACGAGGAAAAACUGGACAAAAGGUGAUAUUUCAAUUCACUGUUCUGACUUGUGUUUUCUUCAUUUUAGUUCAGGGUUUAAAAAGUAACUUUAAGUCUAUCAUAAUAGAUUUGUAUAGGAAUAGCAGUUUCACAUUUUUAAAACCCACUAAAGGCUGCUUUCAAAGCGUUUUUCACACGUUUCACGGAAAAGUUUAAAUCUGAGAUUCUCUAAAUUUUAUAUAAGUACUAAUUGCCUCAUCAUAUAUUCGUUAAAUCACACACACAAAAUUAAGCGCUGUGCUUUUAUUCAUUUAAUUUAAUUAUUUCAUAAGAAACUUUGAAAUGGAUUUAAAGUACUUUUCCGUGCGUGUUUACGCACGUAUGAGAAACGUUUAACUUGAAAGCAGUUUUUACUUGAGUUUGCACACUUUGUUUGGCGCGCAAUUGAAAUAUAUGAUGAAAUAAAAGAAAAGAAAUGAAUGUGAAAUUGAAAUAUAUAACAAAUAAAAGAAAAGAAAAGAAAAUAAAUGAAUGUGAAAUUGAAAUAUAUAUAACGAAAGAAAAGAAAAGGAAUGUGGACUGGAUAACAGUAAGCUUCCGGAAAGCAUGAUGCGGGAAGAAUCCUUAUAAUUUACGAUUCCCGCUUGGCACGAGAACUAGUAAUAUUAUUAACAAAAUUGAAAAACAUCAAAAUGACAUACAGACAUGUCAAAAGGUACAACUAUAUAUAUUUGUUAUCCUUCUAUUCCUUCACAAUCUAGAAAUAGUAACUUGGUGUGCCCAAAUAGAGUCGAAUAAAAUACUGAAACAAAUUUCUAUUUAACUUACUGUCGUGAUGUUUGUGUUUCAGGGAGCUCGAGGUAUUCCAGGACCUGCUGGGAAACACGGACCUCAAGGGAUAAUUGGAAUCCGAGGAAAGAAAGGCGCCGAAGGAAAUGAUGGACCAAAAGUAAGUUUGGAAAUAUUUCAUUAGUGAGAGUGCUGUGCGUAUUUUUUAUGAAGUGGAUAUUUCCAACACACCUGAGACCGGUUGUUCGAAAGCCGGUUAGUUUAAUCCUGGGUUAAGGAAAAACGUCAAACCAAAUUUCCCAACCGAUUAUUUCUAAAUUUGGAAGUAUUUUUCCAGAAAUCCUUUCAGGUUCAAUAGAGGUUUUAUUUUCUGAAGUUUGGUAAUGUAUGCACAAAUACACAAAUCAAAACACCUGGUUAAAUUUUAAUCCAGGAUUUGCACUAAUCGUGCUUGGAACAACUGGCCCCUGAUGAUAUAUUAUGAGACACAUGGUGGUACAUUUUGAGAACUUAGUUCACAUUUCAUGUAAUUAUGUAGGGUCCUUUAGGAGAACCAGGGACAAGUGGCGUGAUGGGUAGGCGGGGCGUCAAGGGAUAUCCAGGACGGACUGGACCUCCUGGAUCACGUGGUUUUCAAGGAGAAACCGGUUCACCUGGUUUAGCAGGUUUUGAUCGGCCACCAGGGGCUGAUGGGAAAAAAGGCAAUAUUGGAAAACCUGGACCUAAAGGAUCUGUGGUGAGCAUUUGUUGUUUUAUAUUUUGAUGGAUUGCUCUAAAUGUAUUAUUUCACGUGUGAAAUUAUGUGUGGAGUUAGAAUAGUUCACAUGUUUGAGGUAUUUUUUCCAGAUAGUUCAGGUGCAAACUACGACAGCUUAUUAUGGAAUUAAUAUAAUUACCUAAACUGGGCCCUCACGUUUGAGAUCAUACAGUUCAGUCAUAAACCACAACAGUUUAUUGAAGACUGCCUUGUUGAAGACUGCUUUGUUGAAGACUGCCUUGUUGAAGACUGUCUUGUUGAAGACUGCCUUGUUGAAGACUGCUUUGUUGAAGACUUCCUUGUUGAAGACUGCCUUGUUGAAGACUGCCUUGUUGAAGACUGUCUUGUUGAAGACUGUCUUGUUGAAGACUGCCUUGUUGAAGACUGUCUUGUUGAAAACUGCCUUGUUGAAGACUGUCUUGUUGAAGACUGCCUUGUUGAAGACUUCUUUGUUGAAGACUGCCUUGUUGAAGACUGCCUUGUUGAAGACUGCCUUGUUGAAGACUGCCUUGUUGAAGACUGCCUUGUUGAAGACUGCUUUGUUGAAGACUGCCUUGUUGAAGACUGCCUUGUUAAAGACUGCCUUGUUGAAGACUGCCUUAUUGAAGACUUCUUUGUUGAAGACUGCCUUGUUGAAGACUGCCUUGUUGAAGACUGUCUUGUUGAAGACUGCCUUGUUGAAGACUGUCUUGUUGAAGACUGCCUUGUUGAAGACUGCCUUGUUGAAGACUGUCUUGUUGAAGACUGCCUUGUUGAAGACUGCCUUGUUGAAGACUGCCUUGUUGAAGACUGCCUUGUUGAAGACUGUCUUGUUGAAGACUGCCUUGUUGAAGACUGUCUUGUUGAAGACUGCCUUGUUGAAGACUGCCUUGUUGAAGACUGUCUUGUUGAAGACUGUCUUGUUAAAGACUGCCUUGUUGAAGACUUCUUUGUUGAAGACUGCCUUGUUGAAGACUUCUUUGUUGAAGACUGCCUUGUUGAAGACUUCCUUGUUGAAGACUGCCUUGUUGAAGACUGCCUUGUUGAAGACUGCCUUGUUGAAGACUGCCUUGUUGAAGACUUCCUUGUUGAAGACUGCCUUGUUGAAGACUGCCUUGUUAAAGACUGCCUUGUUGAAGACUGCCUUAUUGAAGACUUCUUUGUUGAAGACUGCCUUGUUGAAGACUGCCUUGUUGAAGACUUCUUUGUUGAAGACUGCCUUGUUGAAGACUGUCUUGUUGAAGACUUCCUUGUUGAAGACUGCCUUGUUGAAGACUGUCUUGUUGAAGACUGCCUUGUUGAAGACUGCCUUGUUGGAGACUGCCUCGUUGAAGACUGCCUUGUUGAAGACUGCCUUGUUUUAAGACUUCUUUGUUGAAGACUGCCUUGUUGAAGACUGCCUUGUUGAAGACUGCCUUGUUGAAGACUUCUUUGUUGAAGACUGCCUUGUUGAAGACUGCCUUGUUAAAGACUGCCUUGUUGAAGACUGCCUUAUUGAAGACUUCUUUGUUGAAGACUGCCUUGUUGAAGACUGCCUUGUUGAAGACUGUCUUGUUGAAGACUGCCUUGUUGAAGACUGUCUUGUUGAAGACUGCCUUGUUGAAGACUGCCUUGUUGAAGACUGUCUUGUUGAAGACUGUCUUGUUAAAGACUGCCUUGUUGAAGACUUCUUUGUUGAAGACUGCCUUGUUGAAGACUUCUUUGUUGAAGACUGCCUUGUUGAAGACUUCUUUGUUGAAGACUGCCUUGUUGAAGACUGCCUUGUUGAAGACUGUCUUGUUGAAGACUGCCUUGUUGAAGACUGUCUUGUUGAAGACUGCCUUGUUGAAGACUUCUUUGUUGAAGACUGCCUUGUUGAAGACUUCUUUGUUGAAGACUGCCUUGUUAAAGACUUCUUUGUUGAAGACUGUCUUUUUGAAGACUGCCUUGUGGAAGACUGCCUCGUUGAAGACUGUCUUGUUGAAGACUGCCUUGUUGAAGACUGCCUUGUUGAAGACUGCCUUGUUGAAGACUUCUUUGGUGAAGACUGUCUUGUUGAAGACUGCCUUGUUGAAGACUGUCUUGUUGAAGACUGUCUUGUUGAAGACUGUCUUGUUGAAGACUGCCUUGUUGAAGACUUCUUUGUUGAAGACUGCCUUGUUGAAGACUUCCUUGUUGAAGACUGCCUUGUUGAAGACUGUCUUGUUGAAGACUGCCUUGUUGGAGACUGUCUUGUUGAAGACUGCCUUGUUGAAGACUGCCUUGAAGACUGCCUUGUUGAAGACUGCCUUGUUGAAGACUGCCUUGUUGAAGACUGCCUUGUUGAAGACUGCCUUACCUACACGGGAUCCCGACGAUUUUGUUCUCAAAACCGUCUGAACAUUGAAUAUAGAAGGGUAGAAAAUAAAACCCCCGAGAAAAACAACAGGAACCAAGAAUUUUACUUCAAACGUGGGGGCAGUGUAAUUAGUACCCUAUACAAUAAGCUGGCUUAUGUUUGGACUACCUGACAAUCUUCUAGAGUGUUUCAGGUAGUUUGAACCCAAACGACUGUUGGUUUAAUUGCUUAUUUAACUUUUAAUUAUUUUAUUCUCCAGGGUGACCCAGGUCCUACUGGUGCAACAGGCCCUGCUUCUUCAACUGCUUUACAGGUAAAUCAGGUUUUGCUGAUCUGCAGGCGGAAAAUUAAGAUUCAAAACGGGAAGUAUUCACACUUAUGGCUCUCCCUAAGUCCUGGAUCAUUUGAUCGCCAACUCUCGUCGACUCACGUGCACUCUCAUCAACUCUCGUCCACUUUGAGCUGGUUCAAAUUUUGAUUAGUGUUGACGAGAGUUCUUACUCGUUUCGUUGAUCAAUAUCCAGUCAGUUAUCAUCAAUUCUCAUUGAACUAUUGUCGUCGUUUGACCCGGGCAUGACAGUAGAAACUAUACGCUCAUAUACAAACCCUCGCUCUUUAACUCUCAUCACCUCUCGUUUGAUAGGGGUUUAAUUGUCCCAUAUUGAUCAAUAAAAAUAUUUUACGUUGACAAGAUUAUUAUGAAUUGAUUUGUAUUUAUUUAAAUGUUAGGGAUUCAAAGGUUCUGUGGGCUCAUCAGGAUUGAAAGGCAAACGGGUAAGAUUUAUUUAGUAGGUGCAUGUUUUCAUUGUUUUGGGUUUUUGCCACAAGUUUUUACUUCCUCAUGUGCUCACCAUGUUCCUUGUGUUGUUUUAGGGCGAAGAUGGUAAUGAUGGUCCUAAAGGUCCUAUGGGCAGUAAAGGAGCAAUGGUAUUUAGACUUAUUUCGUAACGUGGUAUAUCUUGAAUAUUAGGAAGUAGAAAAUGAUGACUGGACAAACAUUAUUGCUACAAAAAAAACAUACAUGGAAAACCAAAUACUUCUGUAUUUUGCCCCCAAGCUUGUAUAACGAAACUGUCUCUAAAGUUGGAUUACAUUUACAAUAAUUUGCGUAAUUUUUCGCUCAAUUUCUUUUGAAUUGUGAGCGGUGAAGUAGAAUUGAUUUAUUCGGAUGGUCACAAUUCAAACGAAAUCAAGCGAAAUAUUUCUCUGUAAGUGGAAAUCCACCUUAAACCGCAUUUUAACAAUUCAAUGUAGUGAAUAAUAAUUUUAUUAAAAUUUCAACGUUUCGGAAUAUAACUUCAUCUUCAGGUUUGAAACAGGUACUAUAUAGAAACUUUUUAACAACAAUGUUAAACCUGGCGGUAGCCGGAUUUCUAGCCUGUUCACAUCCUGUAUUACCCGUACUACAGGAUGUGCACAGGCUACCGGAUUUCUAACAUCAUUUACUAAGCCCGUCGUCUGAUUUUUUUAGUCACGUUUCUGAAAUUGCUCAGAAACAUUUUGCUACCACCAAAUCAACUUUUCUUUUCUCAACACUGUUCCGGAGAAAGGGAAAACAUCGAAAUUUUUAAAGUGCCUAUGACACGAAAUUUCACCCCAAAUGUUUAUGAUUGCAUUGUAAAGAACACUUAGAAUGACUUAAUAAUUUAUUUUAUAGAAUUUUGGUAACUUGCUUCCUUUGCAAGAUAUUCAACUUUGUUUCAUAUGCAAAUAUCACCGGUGUGACAUCACAUCGCAUAAUGACAUUUUGAAAACGCAAUAUUUUACCUUGAUAAAAUAUGUUUACAAACAAAUACAUAGGGUUAAUUACCAGUUAUGAAAUUAAUACAUAUACAAGGGCAAUUUUUAAGUUUUUUAGAUACGUAUUCGUCAAGAAAACUAUACUUUAGCUUACUUUUCUGAAAACUCAUUAUGUGAUGUGAUGUCACACCGGUGAUAUUUGCAUAUGAAACAAAGUUGAAUAUCUUGAAAAGGGAGCAACUUGCCAAAAUUCUACGAAAGAAAUUAUUAAGUCAUUUUAAGUGAUCUUUACAAUGCAACCAUAAACCUUUGGGGUGAAACUUCGUGUCAUAGGCACUUUAAAGGUUUCUACAACAAUGUUUCCAAGUUUGUUCAGGUUCAUCUUCCAGGAUCAGUCUUGCAAUAUGCAAUUUUUAUUCCUGUUCCAGGGCGAUGUUGGAUCACCUGGUGUUUAUGGCGUCAAAGGUGCACUGGGGAAGAUGGUAAUUAAGAUAACUUUAUAGAGUUUUAUUUGAAAAAACAUAAUAAUUAUUGGUUUUAUUAAGGUAGUAUAUAACUCCAUCUUCAGGUUUAAAAAAUGCUAUGAUAAAAAAUCUUUUAACAACAAUUUUGGAUUUUCUAUCGCACCAUUUUUACUCCGAAACGUUGUAAUUGAUGAAUUAAAGGAUUAUCUACUAAGCCUAGUAUGCUCUGAUUUACUGACACCCUAAAUUAUUCGAUGAGGUUUAACAACAAUUAUCAAGGCCGAUCUUGCGUCAACGCUUGCGUCAUUCAUCUCCGCUUUUCACACUGAUGCACUCACGUGUCAAUUUUUUAUAAUUUCCCAGCGACAAACAAAAUUCUGUACUGCCCUGUACAUUUAAUAGUUUCUAUAUUUGUUCCAUCCAGGGAAUCCAAGGUGAUCCAGGUUUAGCGGGUCCUGAAGGUGGUGUUGGCGAAAGGGUAACAAUUCAAAUAUAUAUAUAACUUUUUAUUUCUUGCUAAUUUUAGUUCUGUCUGUAAGAUGGUUAGUUUGAUUCAUUUUAGGGAAUUCAAGGUUCUCGCGGAUUUGUUGGUGUUGAUGGCGAAAUGGGUGAGAAGGUGAGAGCAUUUACUGCAGAGCAUUGAGGUAGUAUUUGAAACGCGGCUCUUGCCGUUCCUUCUCUGGGUGGCCUCUGUGACUCGCAGGGCAGCUUUCUAUCGAAUCAAAAUAAUUUUCGAUUGAACUCUGUAUAUUGGAGCCAUGUUUUUCUGUCAACAGGGAAAGAUUGGAAAUCGUGGAGUUCUUGGCAUGAAUGGAAGAAAAGGUUCUAGGGUAACUACGUAAUGAUUUGGUGCCAUGAUCAUAAAAAAUUUUAAUGUAAUUUGGAGUAUGUAAGUUCGAGAUAAAGAUAUCCGAGAUAUUUUGUGCUGGUGAGUUUCAGGGAACGAAGAAUGUCUAAAAUCAAAUCUUGAUGUAAAAAACUAAUUUAAUUAUCGUUUUCUUUGGAAGGUUAAGGCUCACAAGCGCAAAACCUCGACCUCUGAGCACGACCCUGGCCAAUUCUAUAUACAUUUGAAUGCGGAUUUUAUUGAAAAUAAUUAACAAACAAUUUUUUUAGUAAUAAUUGGAUAACAUAAACAUGCAUUUUUCCUUAUUUUUGGUUACAUGUGCACUAGCUUCUAUUGUGGUUUUUGCGCUGGUGAGGUUUAUGACUUUGAAAGGAUAAUUGAAUUAUCUGUAUCUUUAAUGCCCGAUUACAAAACUGACAUGUUGCUGAAAUUUUUCUCCUGCUCACUGGUGAAAUUCAGUGAACCACGACUUUGAUAGCCAUAUACCUUUGUCGCAAAUAUUCUUCUGAAUGAAUCUACUUCACAAAGUAGAAAAAAACCUAACACUUAUCACGGAAUUUCACAAUCACGGACCUUUACAGUUAUGCCUUACGAGCAACACUAAUAGGUGAGCUUUUGAUGCAUGAAGUAAUUUAUAUCAUUUUUACUAAUAGGGAAGAUAUGGUAAAGUUGGUCCUCCUGGGAAAUCUGGAAGACGGGUGAGUAUAAAGAGCAUGGUGAUUUUGGAAACACUUCAAAUGAAUAUAUUCAUGUCCAUAAAGUAGAAAAAUCUACCGUAUGUAGUAGACGCAUUUUCCAACCUACGACCUUCUGGUAAUGUAGGGAUCAAAAGGUCGUCUUGGUCGCCCUGGUAACGAUGGCAAAGCUGGAGAGGUGGUAAGUUAUCGAAACAUGAAACAAAAUUCAAUUUAAGACUGGGUUCACACCACACGAAUUUGAAAUGAUAAGAAAAUUUGUUCGUUUCCAUACCGGGAAUAGAACUGCUUACGUCAUGCAUGUUUUGUGCAUAGGAUUUCAGGAAUGCGCAGUGCACGUGGGAUAUUCAUUGUUUGAAAAUUAUGUGACGUAAGCACCUGUUUUCAAUUCUGCAUCGUGUGUGAAUGCGCAGGAAUGUUUUCAUGAGAAUCUCAAUGUUCUCAAGUAAACAACUUUUACAAAUCAAUUUCGCUUCAUGAAUGAAAAUGCUUUAAUGCAAACGAUUUUAAUAAUAAAUGAACUUCGAUUUCCUGUUGCCUGUUUGGGAUUUUCCUUCUGUAUUAGAUACUGGAAAACUCUUUUUUUUUGGUAAACUACUAAACUUUCGGUAUUUGUGUAACUUGGCGGUCGGAGUGGGCAACGAUUUAUCAUUUGUUACCCGGCGGGAUUCUUUGCUUUUAUCUAAAGCCACGUGACAACGAAUCAGCCAAUCACAUUUAGCGUCAAGCAUCAGCUAUAACAGUGAUUACUAUUAUGUAGGGACCGCCAGGAGAUAACGGUACUCCAGGAUCACUUGGUGUGAAGGUGAGUCUUUAUUGACUACUGCAAUGAUGAUUAAAUUUUAUGCUGUACGAUUGUUUUUAUAAAAUGCUGAAGAAAAUAUGUUAUAGGAACAACUUCAGAUUAUUGAACACCACUGUGUAUAGUGCAGUUUACUGUAAAAAUACAUAAUCUAGGAUAUUAUGUAAUCUCUAUUUUCGAAUUCUCUCUUCCUACAGGGCACAAAGGGAUAUGCUGGAAUUAAAGGGCAACUUGGGCCGAAAGGAGCGCCGGUGAGAUCUACAACUAUCAAACAUCUUUGUGAUUGUUAGGUUGUAACUCCAAAAGUACCAGGGCCGUAGCAACCGGGAGGCUGGGGGGGAUUGCAGCCCCCCCCCCCCAAUAAUUUGCUAAUAAUCAUUCUUUUUUCAAAAUCAUGCAGACCUUUAUCAUUUAAUCCAUGACAAACUGCCAAGAAUGAAGAUAUUACCCAUACUUUCGUGGAACUUAUCCAAUAUAUAGUUAAUUAAAUACGCCUUCGCCUACUUUAGUACUACUAAAUUGUAAAUUUCGACAUACUAAAACGCUGUUUUCUGACCAUCAAAGUUCUGUCAAAUCUUCCCCCAAAGUCCAGGAAAUGGCAUUUCAGAGACUCUAAAUUUAAAAAUUUCCUCGGGCCUUCGGAUCUCGCUUUCAGCCCCCCCCCCCCAAUCGAAAAGAGCUUCAUACGGCCCUGAGUACUAUCAACACGUUAUAACGUGUUUCCCCAAUUCUAGUAUGUGUGUUUGUUUUGUAUAGGGGCCGCAAGGUUCCGCGGGAGCACAAGGUUUCCUUGGUGGGCAAGGAGGAAAGGUGAGAAAAAUUUAGAAAAAUUACAGAAUUAACACUUGUUAAGAAGUACAUUUAACUACAUGUUGAAAAAAGCAGUAUAUUUCAUGUCCAUGGGGUAAGGCUGGUUUGCACUAUGAAAGUUUAUGUGAUGACAGUAGGAAAUAUUAGGUAAUGUCGUCUACGUAUUGAAGGAUUUGUAUGAAAUGUUUGAGUCAACUGACAUGGUGUUUAACACAGUUCCCUCAAACAUUUCUUGCAAAUUCUUCAAAACAUAGAAUUUACCAAUACAAAAUACACAAUACCUAUACUGUGAUCACAGAAACUUGACAGUGUAAACCUGCCUUUAGGAUUGUGCCAGUGGCGGCGCCACGGGGAGGACUGGGGAGGACACGUCCCCCCUCCCCCAGUUCUCUUCAAGGUCAAUUUUCUAAUUUGUCCAAAUCCGGUGAGAAAAAUGGGGGGGGGGGGGUACGUUUGUGACAUCAGUCCAGUUAUGUGAAUAAAAACCGGUAUUAAAAGAUUUACUUUUGACAAAAGACCAUUUCAUUAUUUCUUAUAUGCGGUAUUCAGUCCAUUAGCAUAUUACAGGCGCUGAUUUCGACCGCCGAAGGAAACCCACCAUAAUGGGUUAAUAACUUAAUAUAUUUAAAUAUAAAAUUAUGUUGACUUCAAUUUUCCUGGAAGUAGCAAUUCCUUUAGGCAGCUGUCCAUCAAAGUAAAGUCAUAGUUUUUAUAUAUACGUAUAUAAUCAUGAAAAUAUCGUGUGAUUUGUUCACUUUAUAAUCUUCGGAAUUCUGUAUAAUCUUACCCUGAAAAUGCAGGAAAUCGUAUUUCAGGGACUCCAGAUUGAAAAGUGCCUCGCGCCUUUGCCGCUCGAAAAUCCCCCCCACUUUUAAAAGGCUGGCGCCGCCACUGGAUUGUGCUUCAUAAACUUUGGUUUUCGUGCUCUCUGGACGUGAAAUUACAAUCGAUAUUAUCCAAAAAAUAAUAAAUUUAUUCUAUUCAUCAUAAAUCAUUUGGAUUGCAGGGUAUGAAGGGUCAUGCUGGUGAUGCAGGACAACCUGGUUUUAUUGGCGUACCUGUAAGAUCUGUAGAAAUAUUCUAUGUCUCUUUAUUUUUUUUAUUCUAUUAUAAUCUCGCUUUUAAUAACAAGCCAUGUGAAUAACAACGUAUCUCAAGAGGUUCCGACAAUACUUCUGUUAAGUGAAAGUUGGUUUUCUGCAAUGAAUUCCCACCCUGCGUGCAGUCCCAUGACAUUGUCGCAAACGAUGAAUUGCCACGCAGUUUUAAACAUCGCAUAUUACGAUGGCCUUAGUCAUCAUACGUUUUCGACUACGUAGGUCAAUUUUAAAAAGAGAAAAAUCACGUUUACUUACUUUAAUCAGGGUGAACAAGGUGAACGAGGUCUAAGUGGAGAGAAUGGACUACCAGGACAACAGGUGAGUUUCUCUUGUUGGCUGUAGUAUUAUUGUAUAUUGGACAUGUUUUCGUCACUGAGCUUAUAUAUAUACCUGGAGCGUGAACUUCAGUCAUUCGGCCUAUGAGAAAAGUGAAGGCAAGAUGGCGGCCAUUGACGUCCAAUAGCUGUGAAGGUUGCAAACAGCUUUUAUACCAUUUGCCCAGCUAAUUCCAGCUUUUUCUAACGGACCACAUGACGCUGAUCAAGUUAUCAGUUCAUAAAACCAUAGUGUUAUUAUUUAAAUCGAUGUAAAAAUAUGAAAUUUCAGCACAUUCCUUGCCAGCUUCGUGUUAACUGCGCAGACAAAAACCUGCCUCCUCCGCAGGCCCUCGUUGCGUCAUGGGAAGGUCACGAUCUGGCGAGGGCCUGCGGAAUCUUGUAAAAAAAAAUGGCGCCGGCGUCACGUCAGCAAGUAAAUUUCUACAUAAUCUUGAAUAUAAACAGAUAUAAAAAAGCGGCGUGAAACUUGUAAAUUAAACUGGCGACUCUUAGGACGUGGAAGGAAGCAUUUUUUAACGAUAAGGUUUGUUGUCCACAUCAACGAUACACGAAUAAAACUGCCUUCUUUAACGAAGCAGGUUCAAAACAACAUUUAUUCAUUUUACAAGAUUCCGCAGGCACUCUCGAAAUCGUGACCUUCCCAUGACACAACGAGGGCCUGCGGAGGAGGCAGGACAAAAACAAUAGAAGGAACUGGAACUGACGCCCAAUAGCUCUUUAAUUUUAGCUUCACUUUUUGGGCUCGAGUUCUCGCUCCAUACAUAUAUAGAGCCCACUGGUUUUCGUUUGCUACUCUGGUUGCGAAAUAUCCAUUGAUUUUUUUUUUUUUUUUUUCAAAUCAAAUCAAAUUUAUUUUAGCCAUAAAAAAAUAAUAUCAUACAAAAGAAGGAAUAAAUAUACAUUAUACUUGGCAAGGGAGCCCAAUAGAAACCAUAAGGCUUAUUAAUUUUGGGCUACCUUAAUCGUAGUAUUCAUAUAAACGGAAUAAUUCGUGCACAGUAGGAGACAAAUCCGAAAUCAUUAGUGUAAUUACAUAUUAAGCAUCUACCUAUAGUGACCGUUAAUUUAUAUAAUAAUUAGAACUAGUUGUCCAAAGUACAGUUGAUCAUUACGUGUAAUAUCAGAAAGAGAGAUUUAACAAGGGUGAUAUAUUUAUAGGUAUAAUGAACACUAUUAUAGAAAUUAGGUGUUAGGGAUUUAGAAGAUAAUAUGUUAAAGAUUAAAAAGAUAUUCUUUAAGUUUUUUCCGAAAACUAAAAACGGAUGAAGCUUCACAGAUAUCCUGAGGGAGAGAGUUAAAGAAUUUAACGCCUUGGUAGCUGAUAGAAAAUUGCCUAAUAUUUGUUCUACAGAAAGGAAGAAAGUAUAACUUUGAAUUACGUGUGUAGUAAUUGUGCACCUGAUUGAUAUUUUGAAAAAAAUUUUCAAAAUUGUGCGGUAACAAUCGACAGUGAAACUGGUACAUGAAUUUACCUAAAUGAAGGAGAUAGAUUUUAUCAAAAGGAAGAAUUCCAAGUUCGAGCACAUUACAUAUAAAAUUACAAUAAAAACGCUUAGAAAUAUCGCAACAGGUUACCCCAAUACACCCUUCCGGAAAGUUCUGAGCCUUGACUAUAGAGAUAUUGGUUUUGGAGUCCUUUAUCUCGUCACUGAUGACCUAUAAGUAUGUAAAGAUCUCUCAGACUAUAUAUUGCAACUGCAUGAUUUCGUAAAUCUGUCACCCGCAACAGGAUAAAAAACUUUAAUAUUUCAAUCACGAAAACGAAGCUGUAUGGCCAGGACUGAACACUUCCCGAAAGGGUGUGUUACUACGGUCAUAAUGUUGACAUAGAAUAUACAUCUAGAAACAACAUUUUAAACGACGUUCAAGAGACUACAGACUUCCAAGUUUUCGAAUCCGCUGUAUCGUAAGUUCUUGCUAGAACGUCACGAUAGUAUGAUAUCAGUGUUGAAAAGAACUAAAAGACAUGAAAUUCCCGUGAAGGAAACACCUAGAGACACUACUUUGUUAAUUAUGCUUCUUUAGGGUCCUCCAGGUGAAGCAGGAAUCAAAGGAAUCAAGGGAGUAAUGGGUGAUAAGGUAUGAUUUCAGUAUGGUUUUCUUAUCAUAUUUCAUGUAAAAAUGUAGCCACUGAAGAAUGAUAAAAAACGUCGACUUGGUAAUUCUUUCUCUCUUUAUUAAUCUCAUUUAAUAACUGUUACAGUUUGUGUAUUCAAUACACCCAUGUGGAAAGUACGUCACUUUGGCUAUAGAGAUUUGUUAUCACGUCCCAAUCACGAAAACGAGGCUCUAUACCCAAGAUGACGUACUUCCGGAAAAGGGGGAAUAACGUAAUGUUCAAUAUUAUGCGACAAUUUUGUAGGGACCUCUAGGUGAAAAAGGUGAAGAUGGAGAAAACGGCGAGGAAGUAAGUCCAGCUUUCUUUGAAUUAUUGUGAAAUAAAGUUCCGAAGAAUGAAGUAAAAAUGUUUAAUAUAUUUCAUAGGGAAAACGUGGAGACAUGGGACGUCAAGGGGACAUUGGAGAAACUGUAAGCAUUUCAAACAUUUCUCUGUGUAUUUUGUGUUCUCAGUGGAUUUGGUGCCGUAUCCUUUCCUUCAUACUUUCACUAAUAUCUUUUUUCUCACCAUGUUUAGGGAUUAGCUGGAACAUUAGGAGGAGCUGGUGAUCGUGGACCACGUGGUCUCAUUGUAAGUGCAAAUUCUAUCCAAUUGUGAAAUUUAUGAUUAAUUAAUUAAAAUAACUAAGUAAAAUAAUUAAUUAGUGUAAUUAAUAAGAGUAGUUAAUGAGAAGAUAUCUGGGUCACAUGUAUACCCUUGUAAAUAUUCAAAAAAUAUGAAUACUAAUGCUAGGUUCGAUAUUAAUUCAUGGUACUUACGUACCGAAAAUAUUGCAGUCUGAUUCUUAUUUUUUCAAUUAUUAUUUUGCUAUCUGCGUACUUACUUUUUGCUGGUAACAUAUGACCUUUCCAAGCUCAAGGUAUUCAAAACCGUCAUUAAUUGAUUAAUUAGGUAUAUGUGUAAGUCUGGCAUGAAAAAUUAUAUUGGACUGAUGGGACUAAGGAAUGUUAGAGUGGAUUGUAGUGUUUGUAUUUUGCAGUUGUGUUCCUUGUUCUAACUCGUAGUUUCAAGUUACUGAAUGAAUACCUGUUCUUUAUGUACUUUAUGUAUUUUAAAGACUAAGUACACCUUAAGUCUUAAGCUUGGAGUACCAGUUAGAUACGACUGAAAAAGUUGAAUUAUCGCACCCUGACUGAGGAAAGACGACUAAAGAAUGAUAGCUUAUCCAUUUUUGCAUCUUGUAUUCAGGGUAUUGCAGGUUCCCCAGGAAUGCCAGGAAAACCUGGAAAACCAGGCGUUUCGGUAGGUUAUUUUAAUAAGUUUAAAAACUUCAAUAUUAAACUUCUUAAAAAAUGAGGAUGAAAAUUUUUCAGCGAAGUAACGCGCAUGUCGCUGUCGACAGCGGGAGGAGGGUGGGUUUCAAAAAUUGCUGCACCCAAGGCCCAAGCGUAUGUGUCUUUGUGGCGAGAAAGACACGUAUUUCUCGAGAAAUCCUUAUUUCUCGUAGCCUGCGCGCAGUCUCAUAACGUCAAACGAUGUUAUAUUGCUCGAGGUUUUUAUCUGAUUUCCAUUAUUCCCAUGAAUUUUUUGUUCAUGCUUCAAUAAUCUUUCACAUUGUUUGGCGAAAACUCCCAGUGAGAAUAUUAUCUGUAUAUGCAUAUUGUUCAACCCAGCAGGAUGCUCCGUUUACUGUUCGGAGUACUCCAUAUUCUCGGAACACUGAUAGAAUCGAACCGAACACGGUCACAUGAUGUUCUGGCUGCCAGUAUUCAAAAGUAGCGGCAGCCAGAACAGUCAGAAUAGUCUUGUGACCGUUUUCGGGUCGAUUCUAUUAGUGUUCCGAAAAUCCGGAGUACCCUUAACAGUAAGUGGAGCAGCUUGCUAAUGUCUUAACGGAGACAAAAAUAAAGACGUUAUUAAUUAAAGAACAUUACUGAUAUGUUAUAAAAGAACAUUGACGGACGAGUCGCCUUGAUGAAUUACAACUUUAUAUGAACCCCUGGUUUUCUCUAGCUCAUGUACCUGAAAAUAAGUUUUUCAAUUUUUCUGUGUUGGUGUUGUGUACUCAGGUGAAUAAUAUGUUUGCGAUGUUACUCUGAGUGCAUAUCCACACCGGGCGAGCUUGAAAAAUGGCGAGCCCAAAGCUCGCCCGGUGUGGAUAUGCACUCAGAGUAACAUCGCAAACAUAUUAUUCACCUGAGUACACAACACCAACACAGAAAAAUUCAUAUUACUAGAACACAUUGGUAUUGAAGGAACUAGAUACUGUUCCGAAAUAUCACUUACUCGAACCGUCCUGACCGCGUAGCUCAGUUGGAAGAGCAUUGGGCUAGUGUUCCAAAGGUCGUAGGUUCGAAUCUCACCGUGGCCGGGCAUAUUUUUCAAGCUCGCCCGGUGUGGAUAUGCACUCAGAGUAACAUCGCAAACAUAUGUUUUUCAAUGUUGUCGCGGUCUGAUUUCAUAUUGUAAUGUGACGUAUAGGGUAUCCUGGGACACACGGGGAUACAAGGAUUACCUGGAUCAAAAGGGAAAAAGGUAAUGAACUCCCUCAAUAUUGACAUUGACUAGUAAAGUUAUUGUAGGACUUCCUAUGUUUGUACUGUGUACGUUAUAGAAAUUUAGUUUCUACAUAAAGAUGUUCAUUGUCAGUGCUGUUAAUUUUGACUUUUGAAAAUAUUUCUUCAUUUACUAAAAUAUUGAUUUGAUUUGUAUUUCUCAGGGUGAUGGAGGAAUGCAAGGAAUGUCAGGAUUGCCUGGUGGUGAUGGUGAUCCAGUAUGUCCAGUGUCUUGGAUGAGACAGUUUUUCCAGAAUAUAACAUCUGACUAUUAUUUCAAGGGGUAUAGCACAAAAGUAACUCCAUCCAUUUUGUUAUUUAGGGCGUCAAUGGUGGACCUGGUCCUGUGGGUGAUCCUGGCGAGAAUGGAGAAAAGGUUUUAAAUCAUUUUGUAUUGCUGCCUACAAUUACAAGCAUUUAACAACGAAUGACAAAAAGAGUGUCAUAUAGGGACCUCAAACCUGCUCAAUCGUCACAGCUUUUCAGUGCUGAAGUGUUCCACAAUAUUAUUGGUUUUAUUGUCACAACCAGGGACGUGUCCGUCGGAUCAAGCCAAUAGGCAAUACCUGAUUGGAGAGAGAUUGUUUGUAGAAAAUUUGUAGAAAAUGCGAGAUCGAAAAGAUGGAUAUGUCGACUGAAAGCUCGGCCCUUUUCCGAACAUUCAGCCAAAUUGGCCAAGAACAUUAAUAUUAAUAUUACGCUAAUACGCUAUUUAAUAGUAUUAUAUUUUCUUGCAAUUUUGUGAAAUAUGAUACCAUAGGAAACUCGAAGCACAUGUGCGUGUUGACUGUUGAUGCGUCUGCGCUUCAUUUCAUAAUUUUGUAAAGCCAGUAAAAGUCUUAGAAAUUACACCUAACGGUCUUAUAUACAAUGAGAAAUACGAAGAUGAUUUAAAAGUAUGGACAGUAGCAAGCAAAAACGCAAACGGAAGAGAGAGAAACUGACGUGUUUAGUUUGUAAUUGGUCGUUUGAUGACGAUUGGAUGUGGUUUUUUGAAAUUUAUACCAUGUAUUUUAUGGAACUAUUUCGCCUAUUUUAAAAAUAAAUUAUCUUACUACUCGGAUUUCAUCGUUGUACAUCACUUAAAAAUGAAUACGGUUCGUUUUGACCACGCUCUAACAACAUGCUAGCCACGCCCUUUUGUCGGCAAAAAGUUGUUUUGCACCCCCCGAAAAGGAUAGUCUUUGUUCCGCCCCUGGUCACAACAAAUGUCAAUACAGUAGAACCUCGCUAACUCAAACUCCCAAGGGAAAUGAAAAAUUGUCGAGUUAACGGGCUCGGUGUUGGAUUUCGUUUUGGACAUUUGGGGUUUCCCUUUCCACCUCUCAAAAAUAUAUUUCGAUUUAACCAGGUAAAUUUGACUAAAGAGAAAAAGAAAAUUUGUUCGAGUUAGCGAGGAGUUCGAGUUAAGUGAGUUAACCGCAGUAGAUUUCUGUAAAAAUUGGAUGAAAUCCAGGGGAAAUUGGAUUUAGUUCGAGUUAGCGGGGAGUUCUAGUUAAGCGAGUUUGAGUUAGCGGGAUUCUACUGUAUUUGUCCAAGAAUCCUACUUUUGAGAUCUUCUAUGAUCUAAUGAUCUUUACUGCAUGCGUUUAUUGACUGUAAAGUGAUCCAAAAUAUCUCGAUUGUGUUAACGAUUGUGUUAACUAAGAUGUCUUCACCAGCACUUUCAGAAUUAAUCAAGAAUUAAUCAAAAUUUAUUUUACGGAUAAUAUAUUCGCAUGCAAAAUGGCAUGCCAGUGGCUUUUAUUUUCUAAAGGAAAAUUUCUCUGCUUAGAGAAAAAUUUAUAUUUUUUAUAGUAUUUCUCUGAAUUUUGCAGGGCGCACAAGGUAUUCCAGGAAUUCUGGGUGGUCCAGGGAAAUUAGGACCAACGGUAGGAAGUUUUUUAAUGUUUCAUUACAUAAUGGAUUAUUUACUUUCUCACAUAACUCGCUCAAAUUUUCCUUGACUGACUUGGAAUGGCUGCAUAUGUUCCUUUAAUAGAAUAUUUAUUGCACGCUUUUGAUGUUCUUUCUACACAAAGUUAGUUCUAAAUCAUUGUUCAUUUGUAGGGACGUAAAGGUCUUGCAGGAAUGUUUGGUCCAGCUGGUAAACCUGGAGUUCCUGUAAGUUGAUAAAUAAAGUGCAGUUUGGAUUUAUGGUGAUGUAAUGCAGAAGAACUACAUUUAUUAUCAGUAAAUUUUUUCUGUAUUUUAGGGACCCUCUGGUGCAUAUGGAGGGCAUGGGGAGACAGGAUCACGUGGGACUAAGGUAAUUUAAAGUAUGAUACUAGCAACUAUGAUACCCAUGAACAUCCCAUUUCAACAUUCCUUGUUCAAAGAUGUCAGGUGUUAUGUCAAAUGUCGCGUACCAUUUCAUUUUCAAGGGUGAUGCUGGUAUAUCUGGAGGUCGCGGAUUGCCUGGAUAUGCUGGUGAUCAGGUAUGAAAGUUUAUCACCAGUACAUUCGCGGCUAAUUGGUAGUAUUGGGACUGUUGUAGCAUGCAUUAUUAAUAGACAGCUACGGUGUGAGGAUGAUACUACUACCUGGAAUAAUUAACUAAAAAGUGAACGAAGGCGAAGGUCCUUCGUCGGGAAGAUUUGUAUCUUUCUCACUCUGCAGCUUUCUGUUAUCGUCUCUACAUACACUGACCGUUCGAGGUAUUAAUAUAUUUUCUAUCAUAAACUUCCAUGGUUUGUGUCUGAACAGUCUGAAAAAGAAUCGUCUGGCAGUUCUGCUGAAAUGCUAUUUUCAAUAACACUAGUUCUUCCGAUUCAAGACCGCUCCUGCUUUUCUAGGGCGAGCCUGGUCUUCCUGGACUUUCUGGAACGCGAGGUGAAAGAGGACGUAUGGUUAGUAUAUUUUACUAUUGAUUUUUCUCUGCUUCCUUAUUGGUUUAGUCCGCCAUUCGCAUAGCAUUCAUGCUUAACGAGGUGAAUGUAAUCGCAAAAAUCUGCUUUCUGCUCGGCUGCCGGAAAAUCUACACAAGAUAUUUUUACCGGACGAACUGUUUUAAAAAUAGAUUUGUAUGUCUUGCAAAUAGACAUACAUAAUUAGGAAAGAAAUAGUUGAUGUCCUUGUGAUGAUGUGUUUUUCCCUAGGGUCCUCCUGGUGGUCAAGGAGCUACGGGACCUAAAGGGUAUCGAGGACACAGGGUACGUCGCUGGAUAUUAACGGAUAAACCCACCGUACGUUUUAUAAGUUUCUCAAGUGAUAAUUAUUUCUAUUAUUCACAUAGGGAACUCGUGGUGAUAGCGGUAGCGAAGGAGCAUUUGGAAAACCAGGCGAUAAGGUUAGAAAAAAUAAAAACGCAGUUUGAUGGCAAGAUAAACAUAUUUACGACGUAAAAGAUUAGUUUAUCUGGUUUGAAAGAACUUUUAAAAUUAUGGCGAUUUCAUAGUGAAUGAUGUGGGCUUUUAUUUUAGGGAGACAAUGGCGGCAGAGGAAAUCUGGGUGACACUGGAAUUUCUGGACCGAUAGUAAGGACAAGAAAUAAAAUACAUCAAUAUCGUUAUUUUUUAUGACUGAUUCAUUGAUUUUACAAUGAAUGCAAAGUUUUCGACAUGAUUUUCACGCAUUGUUUAUUUGUUCCAAGACGAAACGAUCUAGAAUCAGUUGUAUCUUAUUAUUUAGGAACAAGUCUAGAAAUUUUAACUUUGUCUCGAAAUAAAAUCUCUAUAAAAGCUUUUUUGUACUUUGGGGGAAGUUAACUUCUUUUAUUUUCAUUUCUGUAGGGAGAUAAAGGUGAAGAAGGACCCCAGGGUGAGCCUGGAGACAGUGCGCCACUCGUAAGUGAAGACAAUCGCGAGAUUUUUAGUUUUUUCAAGUACACAAAGGAAACUUUUAGGUGUUCAAAUAUCUGCAUUUCUUCUUUCGGUCAACUUACUAACACUUGAACGCUUUUGCAAACAUAUUUCUUUUUAUUUAGGCUCAAUUUGGACUUAUUGGCCUGACUGGACUUCCAGGGGCUUUUGGUCCUCCGGUAGGUACAAGUUUUGAUCUAACUUUUAAUUUUUGUUUUUCUACUGUAAUUUAUCAAAUUAAAGAUAUUGUAUUGCACUUUUUUGCAUUUAUUGCACUACAGGAAAGAGUGUACAUUCCCAUGACUUUCCUUUCUUCGUUGAGAAUAUUUUGAAAUGCCUUUCCUUACAGGGUGAUAUAGGUCGUAUUGGUCACCCGGGUGUCAGAGGAGAAGAAGGUCCCUCUGUAAGUAAAAACUAACAUCACUAGUCACCGCUUUCUGAAAAAACGGGUUUUCUGAAAAAAAUACAUUCACAAAUUCCCAAAUGUUGUUUUGUUACUUAGAAACACAUAAAUGGACAAUUCAUUAUCUUGAUGAAGUUUUUUGUCAAUUUGAAAGUGCAGUUUGAUCGGAAACAUCAGAUUUACAAGUUCUACUAAAGUGGUUGAUGUUUUUGUUUUUUAUUCUCAGGGUGUACCUGGAGUGAAUGGGAAGCGUGGGAAACAGGGACCCAAUGGCGAGCAGGUUGGUUCAAGAAGACUUUCGUUUUAAGUAUAUUUAAAAUUGUUGCUAGCACUCUAUAAAUACCAAAAGUGUAAAGAGUAGGUCAAAAUUCGUACGCAUGCCAAAUUUGGAGGUUAUAUAUUAACCUGUGCACCAGUAAUAAAACUGUGGACCUAGCGUCGUUUCUAAAAACAGUAGGUUCAAAGCUGGGUUAGCUUAACCCUAGGUUAACUUAAAAUUCAAAGCAAACUUCCUGACAGCUUGUCUAUAAAUUUGGAAAUAUUUCUUCAGAGAUGUUGUCUGGAUCGAUAGAAGUUUACUUCUCUGAAGUUUUGAAAUAAACAAACGUGCAGAAAUACAGAAACUAAAACAACAGGUUAACCCAGGGUUAGCGCUAACCCACCUUUGAACAACCGGCCCCUGGCUUGUAUGCCCGUCAAACUUCGAAUCCCGCGUGUAAAUCCUCGUGCAUUAUUUAAUAAAAUGUGUUUCUUUUUAAAAAAAAGCGCUAGUGCCAAAGUUUCCAAAAUAUAGCCUCCAAAUCGUUUGAAAACGUUGACUUUGACCUAGUUGCUUUUUUCAUUUCCGGUAUUUGUGGAGUACUAACAUCAACACAUAUAUUAAACUAGAAAAUACAUGCAUGCAGAAACCCUCGCCUUGCUGACAAAACCGUUGUAUUUUCCGAACAUGAAGUAUCUAAAGUAGUUGUCAUGGUAACACGAUAAUUUUUUAAGAAUAUUCUUACAAAUGAAAAUCGCCUAAAAAUAUCACUUUUAAUCAUAGGCUGCCCAAAAGUGCGUGUUGUAAUUUUUACCCUCGCGCGUGGCGCUCGGGCGUGCAUCGAGUCUACUCAGUUUAUUAUUAUGACAUAAUAAUAAACUGAGUAGACUCGAUGCACGCCCGAGCGCCACGCGCGAGGGUAAAAAUUACAACACGCACUUUUGGGCAGCCUAUGUUUUAAUUACAAAAUUAUCAAUUUCCCAACAUAUUUAUGUUAGGUAUGUAAUUAUACGUAAUACAAGCUUCAAUUUAAGGUAAAAUUUAACCACAAACAAUUCACAAAACGUUUUAAAGUGUUCUUUAUAAAACCAUGAUAAAACUAAACUGCCUUUAACUAUUAAAUGGCUUUAUCGAUAAACUUUGAGUUUGCAAUAAAAUGAUUUCAAAUUCUCGCUUGCAAAUAAGUUUGCUUUAUUUUUUAUUUAAAAAAUUCAAUAUAAUAAAAAAGGGAAUCACUAUUAAAGAUACACUGAAAUUAUAUGCUGUCUUGUUUAGUUGUUUCAUACACGCAAAGGCCGUCGGGUUUUAAAGCCAUUAUAAAAUCCAUAUUUAAAACAAACUUACCUUCGUUAACGUCGGCUCCCUUCUUUUAGCUGAUUCUUUCGCCCUUUCUUUCUUGAAAUUUACAAAAUCUUGCAGAAAUACGAGCAAAAAUGAAGAAUAUUUGCAAGAAAUUUAUCAAUCAUCAACUCAUCAAAUCAAGAAAUGUUUGCUAUUUUGCUGUCGUCAUGCAGCUGUUAUAAUGCAAACUUUAAAUUGGACCAAUCAGUGUCCAUUAUUCAUGACAGUCUGCCAUAUUUUUGAGAUCAGUGAGGAUGACCACCCAUCGUUGGUGACCGAUGCCCGCGCUCAUUGAUGAACUUUAGACUUUGCUAAUGCUUUCGUUUCCCCGGGUGUAAAUAGCCGGGGGGAAUUAGUACCCUCGCACGGCUCAGGGAAAAUAACACCCGAAAUAAAGUUUUUCGUUACUUAAAUCUUAUCUUUAAGUUUCUUAUAAUAGCUAAAAGUAACAAAAACAUAUAAAUUUGACACAAGUAAUAUUUUAUAAAGCAAUAGUUUCAACAUACCUUCUGAUGGGUCAUAUACACGUAGCCAUAUUUGUUUACAAUUAGAACGUCUUACCCCCCGCGAAGCCCGCAUCACAGAUGGGGACGCUCGAUGGUGUGUGCUCCGGGACCCAGGCCAACCAAUUUCAGUGUUUAUAUCGCGCGGUCAAGGGAAUUGCAAAAUUACAUGCCGAAAAAUGGUCCUGGUGGAAAGAUAUCAAAUUUUCGAUGUUUAAACUAACUUUAUUAGCGGCUAAAUUCAACUGAUGUUUACCUUGUAUAAUCGUACUGACCUUGUUAUAAGUUUUUCGUCAACAAACAACGACAACGAGAGUUAAUUCGCAAAGAUUCACACAUGCUACCCUGUGGAAUAUGGUGGAAGGCAUCGCUCGAAGGUAAAUUUGUUGUGCCCUUUUAUAUGUGUAGUAACAUUAAGCGGCUUAGUCAUGUUUGUCUGUUUUAAGGAUGAUGAGUUUAUUUGUAUAAAUAUUUAAAGGCACUCCAUUGCACUCCACUAAUUCUAUUUGAAAAACUGAUCUGAACAUGUGUUAUUUUUCAGAAAUUGCACAAUUAGUUGAUAUUGGUUCAUCAUAGCAUGUCCAGUGAUGUCCCAAUGAAACAAUAAUUAUAGAUAAUUUUAAAAGCGUGUUAGCCCGCGAAUUGCCUUUUCACAUUUUGAUGUAUUUCAUAAAUAAUACAUAGUACUUCAUGUUUUGGAUUUUAGGUGGCCCUCACAGUGGAAUAGUAAACUGAAUGUAUAAACACUGGUGCCAGUAUGGAGGAUGAAACUGACUCUAUUGUUAAGAGGGCUCAUAUAGCAAAAGGAGACACUCCAGGGAAAUCAAACCCUAAAUACGUUUGAGUUACUGAAGAUGAAUCUGGGAAUAAACCUCUGCCUCGGAGAAGGUCUUUAUUCAAGAAUCAAGAUGUAUUGCCAACAGAGACACUGGUAGCUCAUUUUGUGAAAGCAGCAAACUGGAAAAAUGAAGAAUUGGAAGCAAUUGUACAAUAUAUUGCUUUAUACAAACCAAGUUUUGAACAUGACCAUUGGCCAGCAAUUAGAGAUGGUGCAUUCUGGGAACAAUGUGCAAAAGCUGUACAUCAGUACUCUGGCCAACCAUUGCGGACAGGUACCUUGUAUAUUGUUCAUAGAGUACAUUGGAACCUUGUUAAUAUGGUCACCAACAGGCCAAAAAAAAUGGCGUAUUAACACGGUGACUAUAUUAACAAUGUAAAUUUAAUGGGAGAGGUACUGCAUAUGCUAAAGUUGUGAAUUGUGUAAGAACACGCAAACUAAAUACUGCAAAUAAUUAGAUUUUAAUCUUGUGCAUUUGUGAGUGAUUCAUUGAACGAAUAUACCGAUGUUCUUUUUGUAAAAUCUUUAAGAUGUCACCAUCACAAAAUCCAUCAUAUAUCAAUUAAAACUAGAUACACAACUGAGAGGUAUAUUCCAUAAACUAAUAUCCUGCUUACAAACAAAUCGAUGAACAAAAAAUCUACAAACACAAUCUCCAGUAAUCUCAUUGUGAAAGUGGACAUGUAUACUAACUACCUCAGAGAUAUUUUUGGCCAUAAUUUUCUAAAUAUUAAUUUAUUAAUAUCUUUUAAGGGGCAGCUAUCCGAACAAAAACACUAAAGUACUUGGCAAAAGAAUUUUCAACUGUAACUGAUGCAGAGAACUUUUAUGACAUCGAUUAUUUUCAUUCCAAGUCACUUUUAACAGAAUGUUCAACCCAAAAUGAUGGCUGGCAAAAUGUAAAUAAGUCACAAGGAGAUAUCAUGCAAGAACUUAUCUCAGCCUUCAAAUGCAAACUCACAAAGAGAAUGCAAGAGCAGAUGAUAAAUCAGCUUGUACAGAUAUGGAUUACUCAGCAUUAUGGAACUGACAUUUACUAUAACAUGACGAAAGAUUUCUUACAUUUGGCUGUUAAAGGGAUGAAUUUGUUGAAAGAAAACAAUAAGAAAAACUUGUUUCUUGCUAUGAGUAAAUGCUUUGGUGAGGAAAUUAAUGGUAAAUCCAGGAUGAAUGUUAAGCAAAUGCCAUUUGGGCUUAUAUCAUAUAAUCUACAGUUUUUCGCUUCUGAUCAUACAGCAAAUAUUAAGAUGGAGAAUGAUUACUUGGAGUGGCAAACCACCAUGUACGCUCAGUUUGGUCACAAGUGGGCUUGCCUGCACCGAGGUCCAGCAUGGCAGUACGAUCAAGAUGAUAGUGGCAGUGACUGUGAGCCAGCAACCGAUGGUAAUGAUAAUGUACCUGCUGACAGUUUGAAUUCUUCAUUCGAGACAGGAUCAGAAUAUCAAAGUUCAGAGAAUGUUGACUUGAUUCAACUAGCUCUGGAAGACUGCGAAAUAGACCUUCAAGCAGAAGACAGUGAAGCUGAUACGGUUUGUGAUCCUGACAUUUGUGCACUAACAGAGGGCAUUAGUAACGUAGCACUAACAACAGAUGUUGCCCAAACUGAUAUGUCGUUGUGGAGUGGCAAUGUUGCUGAACGAAAUGAGGAGCUAGCAUAUGCAGUAGACAAGCCUGAAGAAGUGGAAAAGUAUUUUAAAGUUCGACCAACACGACAUAGAAGAAAAUUAAACAAGCACAUUUAUUGCCCCUACAAGGUAAUAAUGAUAGCUUUCCAAUUAUGUAUAAGCACAUAACUUGCACCCAGUUUCAACACGAAAAACGUGGAAAUUGGGAAAACGAGAAAUUGUGUGGAAACACUACGCCUGAAGGGCGGAGUGUUUUCACACAAUUUUGAGUUUUCCCAAUUUCCACGAGUGUUGAUAUAACUAUAUAUCAAUAUGGAAAAAAGUUUUAUAUUUGUUUUAAAAUAUAGCACAAAGAAAUAUAAAGGAAUUUUCCGAAGUUUCCGUGUUGACAUUGAGUUAUAUCAACACAGCUCUUCUUAGCCAAUCAGCAUUCAGAAUUUACAAAUGCUAUAUUAUAAUUUGUUGUAAAGAUUGUUGUGAUUAUUCUCACCAACCAACAUGGUUUUUUGAAGUUUGGUUUAGUGGAUCAAGGACUGGUUGUUCAAAAGGUGGAUAGUGCCAUCCACUGGAUAGUGAUUUUUUGAAACCUUCAUAAAACUCCCCACUGAUCGAUCAUUAUAACAUACAAGUAGGUUUGAUAUUUAUAGAUUGAAGACUGUCAACUUUGUUUUGGUGGGAAAACAAAAUAUCGUUUUUUGCCUAGUUUUAUGAAAGUUUCAAAAAACCACUAUGCAGUGAAUUGCACUAUCCAACAUUCGAACAACUGACCCCUAUAUGAAAAUAUAAUCUGGCCGUUAAAGAGAUUGUGACCAUAUCUUUAUGACAGUGACAACCAUAAUGGAAACGUUAGUAAAAUGAUUAUGAUUAAUUUGUUAAUAGGCUAAGAUCAACAUUGCUGGUGUCAGACAUCUGAAGAGAAUGGUUCAGAAAAAAGGAUUCUCAAGAAGCACUAUCAUUAAAAAAAAGCUUUUGAAAGAAGCCCACGAGAGGAGUCCCAAAGGCCGUUGGUGGAUCAAGGCUGAUGCAUGUGAUUUGAGAAAAGGAUUAUGUGAGUCGUUGCGUGGUGAAUGGUCUGGAGAUAAAGAUACAGGGGAUGGUGAAGUAAAAAAGAUACAUGAUGAAUAUAGGACUAAGGAAAAGAGGGUCAAGAAUUUGCAAGUUGGAAGUGACAACGUCCUCAAAACUCUGCUUAAUGUCAAGAAGGACCUUGAAUGCGAUGUUCCAUUCCUACAAAAGGGCAUAAAGAAUGCAACUGAGAUUUACAACAAGAAGGUUGAUAGCGGAAACGUUUCUUAG